CCGUCCAAUUCGCAUUCGACCGACGUCUUGGUUUAAAGAAUCACGGGGACAAGACUUUUGACGAUGACUUGAUUCUGCCGACUGAUUGAACUGAGCCGCGGUUACGAGCAAAACUGCGCGUUUUGCAGAGUAAAGCGAGAUAAGUGCGAGUGAUUUGCUUCAAAUUCGUCGUUGUGCAUCAAGAGUUUGUUUGUUAAAUCUCAGGUGACCAAACAUUGAGAGAGAAGAAAGGAGAUCUUUUCAGAUAUUCCUCAGAUUAAUUAACAGUUUACUACUAAAUCAUAUAGUUGGCCACAAUUUUGCCAGCCGACUCACGAUUAUUGAUCCAAGAUGAAGCGACAACAAUUUCAAGAAUCGCAGACACAACAACAGCAGCAACAAGCUAUCGUGCAAGAACAACAACAACAACAACAGUAUAUUCAGCAACGAACAGAAAGACAAGUCACACGACAACAGAUCACCAGUCAGCAGAGAGUUCAAGGAGAGGUCGUUAUGCAAACAACGCCAACGGUACCAGUAUUUACGGGUAAACCCGGGGAUCCUUCACCACCGAUUUUCGAGCGAAUCUUCAAAAAUGCGAGAUUCGCGCAAGGUGGUAACGCGAUUUUUGAAGGUUGUGUUCGAGGUAAUCCGAGACCAUCAGUUUCUUGGACACACAAAGGGAUACCAUUGUUAGAAUCACGAAAGAUCCGAAUGUCUUAUAAUGAAAAUUCUGGAAUUGUCACACUUCAAAUUAAUCAGAUCGGUCCGGGGGAUGAGGGCGAGUACACAUGCAGUGCAAAGAAUCAAUAUGGCGAAGCUAUUUGCUCAGUUUACAUACAGCCAGAGGGAUUUGGUCCUCCAGCGCAACAGUUAACAGAUAGUUACAAGAAAGAAUUUUCGCAAAGUUUUCAGACUAGCGAUCAGAAAAUGCAAAGUGGAAGUCAAAUCUUUCAACAACGCAGUUAUCAACAAACAACCGAUAAACGAAGUUACGUUAAUGGCACAACUACAAGCAUUGAAGAUUUUAAGGUUGAUACUUUUGAAUACAGAUUGUUGCGCGAAUUGGAGUUCCGUGAAUCAAUUACUCGCCGUUUUGCGAAUGAAUCUGACUUGCAAAUUUCUACGAUAGUUGAUCGUAAUCUGGGUCCGAUCGCACCUCCACAAAUUACUCAGAAACCGAGAAACUCGAAGAUCGUUGAAGGAUCGGAUGCUGUCUUUACCGCAAAGAUAACUGGCAAUCCGAAACCAAGAUUAACAUGGUUCAAAAAUGGUCAGAGAAUUCGAGAUUCUCAACGACUAGAAACGAGCUACUCGAAUCAGCAGGCUACUUUACGAAUUCGAGUCGCUUUGCCAGAAGACAGUGGUCAUUAUACAUUAUUGUCUGAGAAUCCUCAAGGUUGUACCGUUAGCUCCGCUUAUCUAGCAAUUGAAUCCAGUGAUCAAGUAGAUCAAGUUCUGUAUCAAGCGCAUCAAAAGGAAUUUAUCAAGACUCAACAAAUAGAUUCAAUCAAUGAAUCUGUUGAUUCUAGUAAGGUUCUGCCACCGAAUUUCGUUCGUACCAUCACAGAUAAGGAAGCUACCGAAGGCAAAAUGACGCGAUUCGACUGUCGCGUAACUGGCCGUCCAUAUCCUGAAGUCACUUGGUAUAUAAAUGGCCAACAAGUCGCCAAUGACAUGACUCAUAAAAUCCUUGUAAAUGAAUCUGGUAACAAUUCAUUAAUGAUCACGAAUGUGAAUCGCGCUGACGCUGGCGUAGUAACGUGCAUUGCGCGGAAUAAAGCCGGCGAAACUUCUUGUCAAUGCAAUUUAAGCGUUAUCGAAAAAGAACAGGUAGUUGCACCGAAAUUUGUCGAACGUUUUGUUACAACGGGAGUAAAGGAAGGAGAGCCUGUGAUCUUUAUGGCACGUGCAGUCGGCACGCCUCUUCCACGAAUCACAUGGCAAAAAGAUGGCGUACCGAUAAUGCCUAGUCCCGAAAUACGUAUAUCGAGUGAUGGUAACGGAGCUUCGACUUUAGACAUCCCAUGCGCCAAAUUUUCAGAUGCAGCCUGGUACCAGUGUACAGCGCAAAAUAUAGCCGGCUCCACCGCAACUCGAGCACGGCUCUUUGUAGAGACGCCAAAAGGAACGACCCCGGAACCAAGACGCCUGAAUUUACCCCGACCAACGAAAGUCAUCGAACCAGAACCAGCGCCUGGCCCCGAAGUGAUUUACCUGAGACAUGUGGAACGCGCGAAACCUUUUUUGCCGCCUUCUGAAGAAGACAAAAUUUAUCCCCCGCCACGUUUCAUUAUACCAUUAAAAGAUGUUCAUCAAAUCGAAGGUGGACGAAUUCACUUCGAGGCCAGAAUCGAACCGGUGGGCGACCCCACUAUGAGGGUGGAGUGGUAUGUCAACGGCAAAACACUCGACGCAAGUUCCCGGGCGACUUCCGUCUUUCGCUUCGGUUUUAUUUCACUCGAUCUCAUUAGCAUCGUUCUUCAAGAUAGCGGCGAGUAUUUGUGCCGCGUUGUAAGCUCGACCGGAAUUGCCGAUUCUCGAGCCACCCUCAGUGUAACCCCACGUGCCACGAUUGAACAAGCAAGCCAACACCCCGAUAGCCUUCAAUAUAUUCAGCAGCUCGAGGAUUAUAGCAAGUAUCAAAGACAGGAGAGCGUGGAGGAGACCUCUUCACAGCGACCAGUUUUCAUCCGCCCGCUCCAGGAUCUUGGUGAGCUACAGGAAGGUCGUAACGCCCAUUUCGAGGCGCAAUUGACACCUGUUAGCGAUCCUACCAUGAAAGUGGAGUGGUACAAGGAUGGAAAACCAAUCACAGCGAGCUCAAGAAUUACUAGCAUCUUCAACUUCGGAUACGUCUCACUCAAUAUAAUGCACCUACGGGCUGAAGAUGCAGGUUCUUAUACUGUCAGAGCUGUGAACCGCUUAGGAGAGGCCAUCAGUUCCGCGACUCUUCGUGUCUUUGCGCGAACAAGCGUAACAACAGACUUGGGUAUUCCCGAACAACUGAGAUACAUAGAGGCUGCCGAGGAAUUGGAAGCAUAUCAACAGGCGAUGCACCAAAAGUAUGUGCAGGAGCAGCCUGAACCGAGUAGCCCACCGGAAUUUAAAUCGCCUAUUAAGGAUCAAAGCAGCAUACGAGAAGGCGGAUUCGCUCAUUUUGAAGCCCGUCUCGAACCAAUCAAUGAUGCCGAUCUCCGUGUUGAGUGGCUGAAAGAUGGACGACCUGUAGAAGCUAGUUCUCGGAUUACAACUUUUUUCAAUUUCGGUUAUGUGGCAUUGACCAUUAAAUACGUAACGAUACACGAUGUUGGCGUGUAUACUUGUCGAGCCUACAACAGAGCCGGUGAGGCUCACACUAUCGCUCAAUUAAGUGUGAUCAGCAAAAAUGAUGUUAUUUAUGACAGCCAACAUCCUACUGGUCUCCAAAAAAUUCAGUCUCUCGAAGAUUCGAGUAGAUAUUCGCGACAGAUUCAAGAAGAAACGCAGAUUACGCAAGCACCACGAUUUUUGGGUAAUCUUAAAGGUACCAAUAAGAUCGUAGAAGGUCAACGGGCGCAUUUUGAGGCACGUGUUGAACCUCAAAGUGAUCUAAGUAUGAAGAUCGAAUGGUACCACAACGGCAAACCUAUUACUGCCGCUAAUAGAAUUCAAACAUAUCACGAUUUCGGAUAUGUUUCCAUUGAUAUUCUUCAAGUUCGUCCUGAAGAUGCUGGUACAUACACCGUUGUAGCUAAAAAUUCUCGUGGAGAAGCUCGUUUAUCUGCCACCAUGACCAUAGAAACGCGUUCCAGCAUAGAUACCAGCAGUAUGCAUCGUGGAACUUAUGAAAAAACUCAACGUUUAGAAGAAUCCAAAUUUAUUGAGCCGCAGUAUCAUAUCGAAGAGAUCUCUAAAUCAAAACCAAUUUUUAUUCAGCCGUUGAGUGAUCCUAAGCCAGUUAGCGAGGGCAAAAAUAUUCACUUGGAGUGUCGUUUGGAACCGAUGGGUGAUCCUACAAUGAGAGUUGAAUGGUUUCAAAACGGACGUCCGGUCACAGUCGGUUCUAGAUUCAGAACUUAUUACGAUUUCGGAUUUGUCGCACUCGAUAUAGUACACACUACCGUUUACGAUUCUGGCGAAUAUACAGUCAGAGCUACUAAUCAUCUGGGUACCGCGCAUACUUCUGCUUGCGUCAGAAUUAUCGGAAGAUCUGACAUCGUCACUGAAACACAAAAUGAACAAUCACUUGAGCAGAUACAGAUGUUGGAAGAUGCAUCAAGAUAUCGCAAAACUCAACACGAAGAUGUCACGGUGAUGCAAGCACCUCAGUUCACUCGACCUUUGCACAAUAUUGAAACGGUAGAAUUGACCAAUGUCCAUCUCGAAUGUCGCCUUCAACCAAUUGGUGAUGUUACUAUGAAAGUCGAUUGGUUCGUUAAUGGUCGACCGGUCAAAACUGGUCACCGAUUCAGACCAUCUUACGAAUUUGAUUAUGUGGCUCUAGAUAUUCUCGGCGUUUAUCCUGAAGAUUCUGGUGUAUAUACCUGUCAAGCUAGAAAUCAGCUCGGUGAAGCAAUUACUUCAUGUUCUGUAAGAGUGCACGCCAAGAAAGAUUUACUUCUAGAGUCUCAACAUCCCGAAGGAUUGGAAAGAAUACAGUACUUGGAGGAUGCGUCAAAAUACAAAAGGCAUGAAUUAGUGGAUGAAGUCGUCACUGUAAAGCCGAAAUUUAUUACAAAACCAAAAAACCAAGAAAAUCUUCGAGAAGGACAACAUGCACAUUUCGAGUGCAAAUUAGAGCCGGUAACGGAUCCGAAUUUAAAAGUCGAGUGGUUUAAAAAUGGUCAUCCAGUAACGAUAGGACAUCGCUUUCGUCCAAUUCAUGAUUUUGGUUACGUUGCAUUGGACGUAAUUGAUUUGAUUGCCGAAGAUUCAGGAACAUACACUUGUCGUGCUGUUAAUCUGGUAGGAAAUGACGAAGUACUCUGUACUUUAACGUGUCGCUCGAGUGCACAAAUAUUAACGGACACGCAAAAUGAGCUUGGACUUGAACAGAUUCACUAUCUUGAGGAUAAAUCCAAAUAUCAAAGACAAGAAGUUAUUGAAGAAACUACCACUCAGGCGCCUAUUUUCACAACUUCAUUAAAUAAUGUCGAGAUAAAAGAGGGCCAGCGAGCACAUUUUGAAUGUAGAUUAAUUCCAGUAUCCGAUGCAACAAUGAAAAUCGAAUGGUUCCAUAAUAAUAAACCAGUGAAAGCAGGCUCGAGAUUCAUUGAAACAAACAAUUUUGGUUUUGUUGCUCUUGAUAUUAUGUACGCGUACCCCGAAGAUUCUGGGACAUAUACUUGCAGAGCUAAAAAUAUUAUUGGUGAAGCUAUCACUUCUGCAACCGCUAUCGUUCACUCUAAAAAGUCAAUCUACACAGAGACUCAGAGCGAAGAAACUCUUCAACGUCUUCGCUCAUUGGAGGACACGUCUCGUUAUCAACGUAAAGCUACAAUCGAGGAAAUUAUUACGCAAGCUCCUGUAUUUACGAUGCCGAUAAAAGAUCUUCGUGUUGCUGAGAAUCAAGCAGCGCACUUCGAAGCACGUGUUAUUCCAGUUGGAGAUUCUAAACUCAGAGUAGAAUGGUUACGUAAUGGAGUUCCUAUUUCAGCCUCAAAUCGAGUAACGACCAUGCACGAUUUUGGAUAUGUCGCUUUAAAUAUGAAAUACGUCAAUCCCGAAGAUUCAGGCACUUAUACGUGUCGUGCUACAAACGAACUUGGAGAAGCAGUUACUUCAGCAACAUUGUUCGUUCAAUCCAAGGCAGCGUUGCAGUUCGAAUCACAACAUGAGGGCGCUUUAUCGAAACUUCAAGCUCUAGAGGAUACUACAAAAUAUCAACGUCGCGAGGAGGAGGAGUUUGUGGUAAAAGAUAAGCCAUCCUUUACGGUACAACUGAACGGACCUACCAGUUUAGUCGAAGGACAAAGCGCACAUUAUGAGUGUCGCAUAGAACCUUAUCCUGAUCCUAACAUGAAAGUGGAAUGGUUUCACAAUGGCAAACCAUUAUCCACUGGUCACAGAUACAGAACUACUUGUGAUUUUGGAUUCGCAUCGUUGGAUGUAUUGACCGUAUAUGCCGAAGAUUCGGGCACUUAUGCUUGUCAAGCCACUAAUAAAUUGGGAUCAGCGAAGAGCUCGAUUAAUCUUGAUGUGAAGUCUCGAGCAUCAAUUAUUCAUGACACGCAACACGAGAACGCAUUGAAAAAAAUACAAUAUCUUGAAGAUGAUUCAAGAUACAAACGAGUGAUCGAAGAAGAUACGAUCAUCGCUGAGAAGCCCACUUUCGGACGACCAUUGAAAAAUAUUGAGCAUCUUCCAGAAGGCAAAAACGCUCAUCUCGAAGCUACACUAACUCCUGUGAAUGAUCCGACAAUGGUUGUCGAAUGGUUUAGAAAUGGACGUCCCAUUCCUCAAGGACAUAAAUUUAAAACAACCUACGAUUUUGGAUUCGUCGCUCUCGAUAUUCUCUAUGCUUAUCCUGAAGAUUCUGGUACCUAUAUGUGCAAAGCAAGAAAUGCUGUAGGCGAAGCGAUCACUACUUGUGUGAUUAGCGUGGAUUCAAAACAAGGCUUAUGUCUCGAUACGUUGGAUGCACAACGUUUACAAAAAAUUCGAGAGCUGGAAACUGUCGAAGUUAAAGAAGAAAUCGAAAAAGAGGUUAUUCAUCAGAAACCUGUAUUUUUGACACCGUUGAAUAAUCUGGAUCAUCUCAAGGAAGGCGAACACGCUCAUUUAGAAUGUCGUGUGGAGCCGAUUAACGAUCCGAAUUUAAAAAUCGAAUGGUUUGUUAAUGGAGUUGCGAUUAAAACUGGUCAUCGCUUCCGUACAACACAUGAUUUUGGUUAUGUCGCUCUUGAUAUUCUUUAUACCUAUCCUGAAGAUUCCGGUACUUACAUGUGUAAAGCAACCAACCUAGUUGGCGAAGCCGUUAAUACUUGCACUAUCAAAGUCAGUUCACGACGGAGUAUUCUUUUGGAUACCCAACAUCCGGAUGGUUUAGAGAAGAUUCGAGAAUUAGAGUCUCAGGGUCAUCCUGCACGAUUAGAAAUUGAGGAACCGCCAGCAACACCACCGAGAUUUGUCUCUGAGCUUAGGGGUACCACUGAAGUAUAUGAGGGGCAAACAGCUCACUUCGAGUGUCAAGUAGAGCCUCUGCAUGACGCAAAUCUAAGAAUCGAAUUCUUUCACAAUGGUAAACCAUUACCAUCGGCAGCGCGUUUCCAUGUAACUUUCGAUUUUGGAUAUGUAGCUUUGGACAUUGGUCAUGCCGUACCCGAAGAUGCAGGAAAAUAUUCCGUACGAGCGAUUAACGCAUUAGGACAAUGUGUAUCAUCAAUCGAGCUUAAAGUAAUCCCAAGAGAUAACAUUAUUUUGGAUUCUCAACGGCCGGAAGGAAUGGAUAAAAUCAGGGAGCUCGAAGCGCAACAACCAUGGAAGAGACCGGAGGUUCCAGAGCCUCAAACUCGACAGCGACCAGUCUUCACGCAACCACUGCAAAAUAUCGAUAAUAUUACUGAAGGUCACACUGCGCAUUUCGAAUGCAGACUCAUACCAGUAGGUGAUCCUAUGCUCAAAGUGGAAUGGUUUAGAAACGAAGUGCCUCUUGAGACAAGUUCGCGAAUCACAAAAGUGCAUGACUUUGGAUAUGUAUCUCUGGAUAUUGCUCAUGUACGUGAUAAAGAUGAAGGAGUUUAUAUGUGCCGCGCAUCUAAUCCGUUGGGCGAAGCAGUUACCACAGCUUCAAUGAAGAUCAAAACUAAGGCGAGCAUACAGUUAGAUACUCAGCACCCAGAGGCACAACGUAGAAUCGCUCAGUUGGAAGCCAAGGAAGCCGGACGACCCGAGGAACCGGAAAAAGUGUUUGAUAAACCGAUUUUCACGCAGUUAUUAACUGGACCAACGGAACUUUGGGAGGGACAAAUGGCUAGAUACGAAUGCAGAGUCGUUCCUGUCGGCGACGCGAGUUUAAGAUUCGAAUGGUAUAUGAACGGAAUUGAAUUAAAAAUGGGGUCACGUUUUCACGUAAAUCAUGAUUUCGGGUACGUAACAUUGGACAUUCUAAAAGUUAUCCCUGAAGACUCUGGAGUCUAUACUUGCAAAGCGAUUAAUAAUGCAGGAGAGGCAAUAUCAUCGAUCUCUUUGAAAGUAAAAGCGCGUUCAGCCAUCGAUUCCGAGAGCAUACAAACGGAUGCGUGGCAGAAGAUUCAAUUGAAAGAAGCAGAAAUGAAUAAAGUGCCAGAAAUGCUUGUCGAUACAACUCCACAGCAGGCACCAGUUUUCACCAAACAUCUCGAAAGUUUCGAUAAAUUGAUGGAGGGUCAACAUGUCUAUUUAGAAGCUCAGGUGGAACCGCGGGCGGAUCCUAAUUUGAGAGUGGAAUGGUUUAAGAACGGUAUAAUUCUCCAAACUGGAACGAGGCUUCGUAGUACGUUUGAUUUCGGUCUAGUAACACUAUCGAUCAACGGACUAAGACCAGAUGAUUCCGCAAUUUAUACAUGCAAAGCAACUAAUCUUUUGGGAGAAGCAGUGUCAACUUGUAGUUUGAAAAUUGCCGAUCGUCAUUGGUUAUUGGGAGAUACUUUGCAUCCUGAUGCUCUAUCGAAAAUCGAUGCUUUGGAACAGCCUCAGAGAAUCUCUACUGAUCAACCGGAACCUAUUUACGAAGAACCAGUUUUUAUCACUCAUUUAAAUAAUGUAGAAUGCAUCGAAGGUGAUAACGCUCACUUCGAAUGCAAUGUAGAACCGUCGAAAGAUCCAACUAUGAAGAUUGAAUGGUUUUUGAACAAUAAAUCUUUGCCGACUGGUGCGAGAUUUAAAAGCACUUAUGAUUUUGGUUAUGUAGCUAUAGACUUAACUCACGCUUACGAAGAAGAUUCUGGAGUUAUUACUGUUAAAGCUACAAAUUCAAAAGGAAGUGCACAGACAUCUGGUACUUUAAAAUGUACUAGCAAGCAAAAUAUUUAUCUUCAAACGCAACAUCCACAAGGAGAAGUCGGACUUGAGAAAGUAAAAGAAGCCGAAGAUGCUUAUCUAUCAAAAUAUAAAAGACCAGAAGAAAUUCCUGAAUAUGAAUAUCCUAAACCGAUCUGGACGGUGCCUCUCGGACCUGAAUUUAAAUUGGGAGAAGCUGAACCAUUACAUCUAGAGGGACAAGUUGAGCCAAAGGAUGAUCCUAAUUUAAAGAUUGAGUGGUACUUUAAUGGAAAACCUUUAGAACAUGGUUCACGCUUUAAAAUGACUAGCGAUUUUGGAUUUGUCACUUUGGACUUAACGGACGUUUAUGAGCGUGAUUCUGGUAUUUACACUUGUAAGGCCUAUAACAAAGCAGGCGAAGCUUUCACUUCAACGACGGUUUAUUGUUCUACGAAAGAAAAUAUCAUUGAAAGGUCGCAGCAUCCCAAAGGCAAAGAAGGUCUUGAAGCAAUUCAAGAUCUGGAGGAAUCUUUGAAACGGCAAGAAGGAGCUCCUCUAGGAGAAGAAGAAGGUCAACCACCAAUGUUUACAUCGCAAUUCGAGAAUUUGACUAAUCUCUCGGAAGGAGAGAUCGCUCACUUUGAAGCAUCUCUGAUCCCUACUGGUGAUCAAACUAUGGUAGUUGAAUGGUUUUACAAUGGCAAAUCUUUAGAAGCUAGUCAUCGCACGAGAACCGUUUACGCUUUCGGCAUGGUUGUUCUGGAAGUUCUCGGUACUAAAAUAGAAGAUUCAGGUACUUAUUCUUGUAGAGCUACUAACAAAUGGGGUAAAGCAGAAAUUAGCGUGCAAUUAGAAUGCAUUGACAAGUCCAAGGGACAAAAACCUAAAUUUACAACGCAAAUUCAAUCUUUGGAAGGUUUAAAGGAUGGCCAAUCAGCUCACUUUGAGUGUACUCUAAUCCCAGUAGGUGAUCCUCAUAUGAAAGUCGAAUGGUUCCAUAAUGGAAAACCUCUACGGCAUUCGUCACGUUUCAAGAUGGUCUCUGAUUUCGGCUUUGUAGUAAUGGAUAUCGCCGGUGUGAUGUCUCACGACAGCGGAGAAUACGUUUGCAAAGCUAACAAUAAAUACGGCGAAGAUUAUACAAAAGCUACGAUCAAGUGCUUUGGCAAGAGCGGAGUUUACUUAGAUUCUCUACAGCCGGAUUCGCUUGCUAGAAUUCGAGAACUCGAAAGUUAUACGGGAGAACAAACAACUACAUCUACGACUCCUAUCGCUGAACCACCGAAAUUUAUUACGCAGAUCGCGAACAUAACAAAACUGGUAGAAGGGCAGUCCGCACACUUCGAGGCUAGGCUGACCCCAGUGAACGAUCCCGAUUUGAAAGUCGAGUGGUAUUACAAUGGCAAGAAACUUCCUCACGGUCAUCGAUAUCGCACUUUCCAUGACUUUGGUAUCGUUAUCCUAGAUAUACUCUAUUGUUACGAAGAGAAUUCUGGAGUUUAUGAAUGCAGGGCUAUCAAUAAAUAUGGUGAAGAUUCUACGAGAGCAACGCUCAAAUGCUUCUCUAAAGCUAAUCUUGUUUUGGAAUCGCAACUUCCAAAGGGCAUGGAAGGCGGCUUAGAAAAAAUACAAAAUCUCGAAGACUCAAUGAUACGUACGAAAGAUGAAAAAAUUGUAGAAGAACGAGGCAAAGCUCCUAUGUUUACUGUACCUUUGAGUAAUGUCGAUGGUCUACGAGAGGGAGAAAGUGCGCAUUUCGAGGCUCGAGUAAUUCCUACGGACGACCCAAAAUUAAAGGUCGAAUGGUUUUGGAAUGGUAAACCAUUGCGAACAGGAUCUCGCUUCCGCACUUUUUGCGAUUUUGGUUUCGUCAUUUUGGAAAUUUCUCCUAUCUACCCUGAAGAUUCUGGCGAAUAUAGUUGUAGAGCAACAAAUGACUACGGUGAGGCCGUGACAACGUGCACAAUGAAAUGUACGGGCAAACGCAGUAUUAUUUUGGAAUCUCAGUUACCCAAAGGUAUGGAGAGUACAAUUGAUAAGAUUGCUGAGUUGGAAGGUCUUGGAGCUGUUUCGGGUCAGAUCAGUCCCGAGGACGAUACUGGUAGACCGCCAGAAUUUAUCACGACUCCUUCUGACUUAACUUUGACUGAAAAUUCUCUUGCUCAUUUCGAAUGCCGAUUACAACCAAUUAACGAUUCUAGUAUGAGAGUCGAAUGGUUCCACAACGGUAAACCUCUUCUCGCUGGUAGUAGAGUCAAAACGAUUCAUGACUUUGGUUUCGUCAUUCUAGAAGUUGCAAAUUGCUAUCAACGCGAUUCCGGCUUAUAUACUUGUAAAGCCACCAAUCGUCAUGGUGAAGCCACAGUAUCAUGCAAGCUUCAAGUUCGCGGACGUCAAGGUAUCAUUCUGGAGCCUCAAUUACCGAAUAAUUUUAAAACUGGUACAGAAAGCAUUCAAAAAUUGGAAGAGUCCCUAUAUAAGAAGGAUGAGAUUUUGGCGGAAGAAGAAAUGCCGAAUCCGCCAAAAUUUAUUGUCGAACUUAAAGAUAUUGAAGUUGAAGAAGCUGGACCGAGUCACUUCGAUUGUAGAGUCGAGCCUGUGGGUGAUCCUACUAUGCGUAUUGAUUGGUUCCACAACGGACGGCCCUUCGCGACAGGUUCUCGUGUCCAUCAAAUUAAUGAUUUUGGAUUUAUAUCAUUGGAUAUGUCGUAUACAUAUGCACGAGAUAGCGGCGAAUAUGUCUGCAGAGCUACCAACAAAUGGGGUUCUGCUACUACCAAGGCUGCCAUUACUUGUAAAUCCAAGAAAACAAUAGAUUUUGAUUCUCAAUUACCAAUGGGAAUGAGUGGUGAAAAGUUAAAAGAAUUGGAACGAGGACCGGUCUCUCAAGCUCCUGCGGAAGAAGCACCUCAACAACCGCCUCAUUUCAUCACGCAAAUCCAAUCAACAACUGUCGACGAGGGUGAACCAGUCAGAUUCGAAUGCCGUGUAGAACCCAAAGAGGACUCGAAUCUACACAUCGAAUGGUAUAGAAAUGGCAAAUUGAUACCUGCUGGGCACAGAUAUAGAACGGUUUACGAUAUGGGAUUUGUAUCUAUGGAUAUCUUAUAUGUUUAUCCUGAGGAUUCUGGUGAAUAUGUUUGCAAAGCCAUCAAUAAUCUUGGAGAAGAUACCACUCGAGCUGCUGUAUCUUGCAAGAAAUUACCAAGCAUUAUUCUACAAAAUCAAGUACCAAAAGGUAUGAAAAAAUCGGAAGCCUUGAUGCAGAUGGAAGCGACAAUUAAAAAAUAUACUUCGGAAAUACAUUUAACCGAAGACGAUCUAUAUGAUGCGGAUAAAAAACAGCCGCCUCGUUUCGUCACGCAAAUUCAAGAUCAGACCGAUCUUGUUGAAAUGAAUAGUACCAAAUUUGAAUGCCAAUUGGCACCUGUGGGUGAUCCAAAUAUGAAAGUCGAAUGGUUCUUUAACGGGAAACCAUUACCUCAUAAGAAUCGAUUUACGCCUAUUUAUGAUUUUGGCUAUGUAGCAAUGAAUUUUGGUUGGGUUUAUCCAGAAGACAGUGGCGAGUAUUUAUGCAGAGCUACGAACCUUUAUGGAAUGGACGAGACCAGAGCUAUAAUCAAAACUGCGGGAAAACCAGGAAUUAUCUAUGAGUCUCAACUUCCAAAAGGCAUGAAAAGCAUCGAGAAAAUCAGAGAAAUGGAAGCGGCAUGGCAAAUAGUACCCGAAGAAGAAAGUGAACAAGAAAAAAUACGCUCGGCGCCUAUUUUCGUGAGCAAACCGGAACCGGUAAUUGUCGAAGAAGGUGACUGGUCUAGAUUCUGUUGUCGAGUCACUGGUUAUCCAAGACCUCGAGUUAUGUGGAUAAUCAAUGGACAUACGGUAGUCAAUGGAUCCCGCUAUAAAUUAACGUACGAUGGCAUGUAUCAUCUAGAUAUACCAAAGACGAGACAGUAUGAUCACGGAAAAAUUGAAGUGAUUGCAAGAAGCUCCGUUGGCGAAGCAUGUACAGAAACAACUCUAACGGUGAAGCAACGAAGCGACGAUUACCGCGGUGUAUUGAAAAAUUCACCAAGGCCCUGGUACGAUUAUGGACUAACACAGUACCAGACCGAGCGGCAAAAUACAGAAUUGGAGCGUGUGUUCGACGAACGUCAUCAAAGUGUUUCCCAAGGAAUCGAGAUUGCCACAGAGCAUCUUGGCCCUAAAAUUAUUAAAGAACCAGACACUGAGUGGCAGAAAUCCGUCAAGAGCAAGAAAAAUGAAGAUUAUUAUAAUAAGUUGAUGAAUCUCGAAGAGGAACAAGUGCUUAAAGAGACCAGGUUAAGAGAAGCUUCACAUCAAUUUGCUAUUCCUGGUGAUAAAGUCGUUACACAUUCCUUAGCAAAGGGAAUGGCUCAAAAGUAUGAAGAAAGUUUAGAAGAACAACCGCAACAAGAACUUGUACAAGCAUCUCCGAAAUAUGUAAAAAAACCAUUUGUUACCGAAGUGGAUAUAGAUACAGAACGCGUUAAAGCCACGGGAAAAUAUCCUCCGGAACCAUCUGAAUCUACAGUUCAUGGUCGCGAAGUUCAUGUUGCAAAACAAAAACAAAUACAAAAAGAAGUCAAAGGUGAUGUAGAAAUAACGAGAAAAAUUACAGCAACGGAGACAACAGAAGUAGAACAUAAAGCGAAAACACAAGAACGCGUGGUGCAAGGUCAAGUCAAACCUGCCAAACCUCCUAUUUUUACAAAGAAGAUUCAACCUUGUAGAGCAUUUGAGCAAGAACAAGCGAAAUUUGAAGUUGAAUUUGAUGGUGAUCCACUACCAACUAUCAAAUGGUAUCGCGAAGAUUUUCCUAUACAAAAUUCAGCUGAUCUUCAAAUUUAUACCUUCAGCACCAAAUCGGUGUUAAUUAUCAGACAAGUUUUUAUGGAAGAUUCUGGUGUCUUUUCUGUUAUCGCUGAGAAUAGAGGAGGAAAAGCCAAAUGUAGUGCCAAUUUAGUCGUAGAGGAACGCAGAAGGCAGCCUGGACGAGGUGGCACGGUACCACCCAGUUUCUUAUCCACAAUCCAAUCUGCUUCUGUUACUACCGGACAACUCGCUAGAUUUGAUGCCAAAAUUACCGGCACUAAACCUUUGGAUGUUUAUUGGCUCAAGAACGGCAAAAAGAUAAUAGCGGACAUCCGUUAUAAAACUUUGGAAGAAGAUAAUAUUUAUACACUUCUGAUUCUCGAGACAAUAUCAGAAGACAUUGGCAAAUAUGAAUGUGUUGCGAUUAACAGUGCUGGAGAAGCACGUUGCGAAGCGGAAUGUACUGUUCGCGGACCUCAAUCUCCAACAAAGGUCACAAAACCUACAACACCAACAGUAGAAAAAGCGCCAACUGUUCUAGAGCCAUUAAGAGAUCAAAUCAUUAAGGAAGGAACUUCAGUCGCUUUCGCUUGUAGAAUCGCAGGAAAGCCUAUUCCCACUAUACAGUGGAAAAAAGCUGAUAAAGUAAUCAAACCGUCGAAGUAUUUUCAAAUGCAAAAAGAAGGCGAUUUCUGUACUUUGAGGAUUUCUGAAGCCUUUCCCGAAGAUGAAGGUGUUUAUAAAUGUAUUGCUAAAAACCCCGCUGGUGAGGUCACAACGUCUGCCAAUCUCAGAGUUCUCGCGCCCGAUACAAUUGAUGUCCUGGCAAAAUUGACUCCUUUGAAGGAUCAAAUAGUGAUAGAGGGACAACCAGCUCAAUUUAAAACUCAAGUGAGUCUGGCAAAGCCUAAGCCAACAAUUCAGUGGUAUCGAGAGGGUGCCUUGAUCCCACAAUCACCAGAUUUUCAGAUGAUUCAUGAAGGGAACAAUGCGGUGCUGUUGAUAGCAACUACCUACGAGGAGGAUACUGGUACUUUCACUUGCCGCGCUACAACUUCAGCCGGUACCGUAGAAACAUCUGCCAAACUCAUCGUCAAAAAGAGAAAAGAAGCCUAUUACGCGGUUCCCGCGGAGACGGGUGCCAGUAUUGAAAUAGAUGUGAAACUUCAUCAAGAUUUGAAGGAAAAUGUAAUUCUGAGAUCUUUACCUCUCGACAAAAAUGAUUUACCAUUUGAAAUACAACUUCAACCUGGUGAUGAAUCGUUACCUUGGCGAAGAGGACGCGUUCUACCUCGAAUUUAUGAUUCACUUCCAUGGCGGAAAAUACAAACAACAUCAAGAGAUUCUUCACUGGAUAAGCUUCAAGCUUUCGAGAGUCAAAUAAAACCAUGGACUGACGAAGAAAUAAUUUUGAAAAAAACUCUCAAAGUUACCAAGGAUGUGACGACAGAAAAGUUAGAAGAAGUUCAGUUAAAACCGACGAAGACUGAAAAAAAAGAUAUCCACGGAUUUAAUAUAGAACUAAUUAAGUUGAAAUCCGUGCCUAAAGAAGCAACAGAUAAAAUUAUAAUAACCGAAAAAUAUGCUAGCGACAAUAUUACGACUGAACUUUAUAAGGAGCAAGAGGAUAAUACUCUGUUAAAAACAUCGCGUCGUUUAGAUGAAACUUUGUCGAAAAAAGAGAAACAGGAGAAACCAAAACCAUGGUCGGAGGAACAAAUUGUUUUAAAGAAAAUAAAACCAAAGACAAAAAUAACUUCCGAAUUGGAUGAAGAAAAAAUAAAUUUUCUUGAACAAGAGGACACUUCUUUGCUUACAAUUGUAAAGGACGAAGAAAUGCAAAAAUUAAAAAAAGAAAAGCCUAUCACAGAGAAGAUAGAACAAUCCAAGUCUUGGACGCAGGAAAAAAUCGCUUUGAAAAAGGCAAAACCGGAAAAAAAAGAAAUACCCAAGGAAAUCCUCGAAACCGUUUCAUUGAAACCUUUGCAAAUAGUAAAGAAAGAUCUUGUGGAAUCAACGUUAGAUAAGGCAGAUCUAAAAUCAAUUUCAAAAGAAGAAGCUGAAGCAAUUUCAACGAUUACACGAAUUGACGUCACAGAUAAAAAAGAAACAAGAGCAAGUAAAGAUGUGGAUAAAAUCAUAGAUAAGGAAGAUAAGACAAAACCAUGGACAGAAGAAAAAAUUAUUUUGAAAAAAUCUAAACCUAUUCAAAAAGAAAUUGAAAAAGAGAUGAUAGAAACAAUAAAAUUAAAGUCUAAGUAUAUUAAAUCAAUAUCUCCAAAACCAGAUUUGGAAAAAAUAAAUUUAAAACCUGUCAUAAAAGAAAAAGAAAAUAAUAGAGAAAUCGAUAAAACUGAAUACAUUGAACAAGAAGAUAUUACAUUACUUCAAGUUUCAACUGAGAUGUACGAUGAUAUUAAAUUAAAAUCAGAUACAAGAAAAAAGUUAGUACGAGAAGAAAAACAUAUCGACGAAGAUAUUACGAUGUAUAAAGAGAAAGAAGAUACUACUUUGCUUAAAGUUACGUCACAGCACGAAACCAACAUUCAUAAAAAAAUAAAAAAGCAAGAGGACGUACCACAAGAAAAGCCACAAUCAAAGACAUGGAUGGAAGAAAAAAUAAUCUUAAAAAAGACAAAACCGGAGCAGAAAGAAAUAUAUAAAGAAACCAUUGAGGAAGUAUCAUUAAAGCCAACAUCAGAUAAAGUAAUAUUAAAGAAAGAAUCAGUAGAGAAAGUAGAUUUAAAACACAUCAAAAUAAAAAGUACAGAUUUGGUAGGAGUACAGCAAGAAAAUGUACCAUAUCAUGAAGAAGAAGAUAAAAUAAUUAUAGAAAUGGAUAAAGAUGUUGAGUCUACUAAAAAAGUGUGCAGUGAAAAAAAAUUUAAAAGUAUAUCAUAUAUGGAAAAAGAAGAUACUACGAUCCUCGACAUUGAUAGAACAGAUAAUAUAAUUGAAAAAUCUAAAAAAGAAGAGAUGCCAUGGGUUAGAGGUAAAAAAAUAAGAGAAAAAAAAGAAAUUGAGAAAAUAAGAACAUCUGAAAUAAUUAAACCUGAAGUUAAACUGGAAGAAGAUAAACCUAUGGAAAUUUCUGAAGCUCCAUGGCGCCGUAAAUCAAGACUGUCAAUACAAAAAAAGAUUUCAGAAACUGAAACUGAUAAAACAAAAUUUGACAUUAAAGAAGUAUUCGAAGACACAUGGCAAAAAUCUGAAAAAAAUAAAACAAAAAAACCUAUUAAAGAAAAAAUUGAAGAUUUCACAUCUGUUGUACUGAAACCGGCAAAAAGACACGAAAAAAUUGAAGAGCAAAAAACGAUACAAGAAAUUACAUUACAUCCAGCAAAACAAUUACCUAAAGAAAAAGAAGUGUCAAAAGACCUCACGCAUACAUCGAUGACAAAGGAAACAUCCAUACCAGAACUUUCACCUGAAAAAAUCGAUGAAAUUAAUGGAGACACAUUUACAAAGAAAAUGGACGUACCAUGGAGACGGGCAAAGAAAUUAACACAAAUUGAGCCGAAACCUGAAGAUUUUCAAUUAAAACCCAUUAAGAAAAUAACAAAAACAGAGGAAGUACAACCUAAGGAAGUUAUAUUGAAACAUGUUAAAAAACUUCCCAAAGAGGAAGAACCAAAAGAUGAAAUCACAUUCAAACCAGUGCAAAAAGAAAAAGUAGAAGAGAAAUCAGAACAAGUACAAUUGAAGCCAGUGAAAAAAAUGGACAAAUCUGAAAAGCCAAAACCGGAGAAAAUUGUGUUGAAGCCUGUUAGAAAACUUCCUAAAGAGGAAGAAACAAAGGAAGAAAUUAUCUUGAAAUCGAUUGAAAAAGAAAAAGUCGAAGAAAAACCGGAGGAGAUUCGACUGAAGCCAGUGAAAAAGAUGGAUAAAUCAGAAGAGCCAAAACCAGAGCAAAUUGUAUUGAAACCCAUCAGAAAACUUCAUAAAGAUGAAGAAUCAAAGGAAGAAAUUACUUUGAAACUAGUGGAAAAGGAAAAGGUUGAAGAAAAAUCAGAGGAGAUUCGAUUGAAGCCAGUGAAAAAGACAGAAAAACCCAGAGAGCCGAAACUAGAGCAAGUUGUAUUGAAACCUAUUAAAAAGCUUGCCAAAGAAGAAGUAUCAAAGGAAGAAAUUACUUUGAAACCUGUAGAAAAGGAAAAAGUUGGAGAAACACCGGAGGAGAUCCGAUUGAAGCCAGUGAAAAAGCUGGACAAAUCUGAAGAGCCAAAACCAGAGCAAAUUAUGUCGAAACCUGUCAGAAAACUUCCUAAAGAGGAAAAAACGAAGGAAGAAAUCACCUUGAAAUCAAUCGAAAAAGAAAAAGUGGAAGAAAAACCGGAGGAAGUCCGAUUGAAGCCAGUGAAAAAGCUACACAAACCUGAAGAGCCAAAACCAGAGCAAAUUGUAUUGAAACCUGUUAGAAAACUUUCUAAAGAGGAAGAAACAAAGAAAGAAAUCACUUUGAAACCAAUUGAAAAAGGAAAAGUUGAAGAAAAAUCGGAGGAGGUUCGAUUGAAACGGGUGAAAAAGGCAGAAAAAUCCGAAGAAUCAAAACCAGAGCAAAUUGUGUUGAAACCUAUCAGAAAACUUUCUAAAGAGGAAGAAACAAAAGAAGAAAUCACCUUGAAAUCAAUUGAAAAAGAAAAAGUGGAAGAAAAACCGGAGGAAGUCCGAUUGAAGCCAGUGAAAAAGCUGCAAAAACCUGAAGAGCCAAAACCAGAGCAAAUUGUGUUGAAACCUGUUAGAAAACUUCCUAAACAGGAAGAAACAAAGGAAGAAAUCAUCUUGAAAUCAAUCGAAAAAGAAAAAGUGGAAGAAAAACCGGAGGAAGUCCGAUUGAAGCCAGUGAAAAAGCUACACAAACCUGAAGAGCCAAAACCAGAGCAAAUUGUAUUGAAACCUGUUAGAAAACUUUCUAAAGAGGAAGAAACAAAAGAAAAAAUCACUUUGAAACCAAUUGAAAAGCAAAAAGUUGAAGAAAAAUCAGAGGAGGUUCGAUUGAAGCCAGUGAAAAAGGCAGAAAAAUCCGAAGAGUCAAAACCAGAGCAAAUUGUGUUGAAACCUGUCAGAAAACUUUCUAAAGAGGAAGAAACAAAGGAAGAAAUCACCUUGAAACCAAUUGAAAAGGAAAAAGUUGAAGAAAAACCGAAGGAAGUCCGAUUGAAGCCAGUGAAAAAGACAGAAAUAUCCGAAGAGCCAAAACCAGAGCAAAUUGUGAUGAAACCUGUUAGAAAACUUUCUAAAGAGGAAGAAACAAAGGAAGAAAUCACUUUGAAAUCAAUUGAAAAAGAAAAAGUUGAAGAAAAAUCUGAGGAAGUUCGAUUGAAGCCAAUGAAAAAGCUAGACAAACCUGAAGAGCCAAAACCAGAACAAAUUGUGUUGAAACCUGUUAGAAAACUUCCUAAAGAGGAAGAAUCAAAGGAAGGAAUCACUUUGAAAUCAAUUGAAAAAGAAAAAGUUGAAGAAAAAUCUGAGGAAGUUCGAUUGAAGCCAAUGAAAAAGCUAGACAAACCUGAAGAGCCAAAACCAGAACAAAUUGUGUUGAAACCUGUUAGAAAACUUCCUAAAGAGGAAGAAUCAAAGGAAGGAAUUACUUUGAAACCAGUGGAAAAGAAAAAGGUUGAAGAAAAACCAGAGGAGGUUCGAUUGAAGCCAGUGAAAAAGACAGAAAAACCCGAAGAGCCAAAACUAGAGAAAGUUGUAUUGAAAUCUAUUAAAAAGCUUGCCAAAGAAGAAGGAUCAAAGGAAAAAAUUACUUUGAAAUCUGUAGAAAAGGAAAAAGUUGGAGAAACACCGGAGGAGACCCGAUUGAAGCCAGUGAAAAAGCUGGACAAACCUGAAGAGCCAAAACCAGAGCAAAUUAUAUUGAAACCUGUCAGAAAACUUUCUAAAGAGGAAGAAACAAAGGAAGAUAUCAUCUUGAAACCAAUUGAAAAGGAAAAAGUUGAAAAAAAAUCAGAGGAAAUCCGAUUGAAGCCAGUGAAAAAGAUUAAAAAAUCCGAAGAGGCGAAACCAGAGCAAAUUGUGUUGAAACCUGUUAGGAAACUUUCUAAAGAGGAAGAAACAAAGGAAGAAAUCAUUUUAAAACCUAUUGAAAAGGAAAAAGUUGAAGAAAAAAUGGUGGAGAUUCGAUUGAAAUCAGUGACAAUUGAUAAACCCAUAGAGCCGAAACCAGAGCAAGUUUUUUUAAAGCCAGUGGAAAAGGAAGAACCCAAAGACAUAAAAUUACAACCAGUAUCUGAAAUGCUAACAGAAAUUGUAGAGGGAAAAUCCAAAAGUAAAGAGUCAACAGAGAUAAUCGAAACUCCUUGGCGACGUAAGCGAACAAAAAAAGUCGUUGAUUUUAAGGAAGAAGUAACAGUAGUGCCUAUUGAUCAAGAAGAAUCUGUUAUAGACGUUGAAGAAAAGGAGGCAAUGAUAAUUACAACAAAAGAUACUCAAGAUCUAUUUGAACGAAAGAUAGAAACUAUGCCAUCAUUUAAAGAAGAUAAAGAAACAGACGAAGUUUUUACAAAUGAAGUUUCUUGGAGAAAAAAGAAACAAAUACAUUUAAAGACGGAAGAAAAGAAAGAAAUGGUUAUGUUAAAAUCCAUUGAAGAAGUGGAAAAAUUAGACCUAAAACAACCCGAAAGACAUGUAUUAGCUUUAGAAGAUGAAAAAUUACCUGAAGAGACAUAUGAGGAAGACAAAGUUUUCGAAUUAAAAUCCGUAAAGCAUGCGGAGCAAAUAGCAGAAAUUUCAGAAGAGAAAGAUGAAAUCAUUACUGAAUCAGUUGUAACCAAAUCUAAAGUAAAAGAAAAAGUGCCUGAAAAAAUCGCUUCUAAUAUUAUCGAAGAAGAAGCUGCCAAGUUACAAGUUAAAGCAGAUGUCACAGUAGAAGAUCGUAAGAGAAAACGUAGACAACGUACUCAAGUUGAUAUAUCAAUUACAGAUAAAGACAAAACGAUAGCUCCAAGAUUUAUUCAAAAAUUACAACCUGUUAUCGCUGAGUUGAAAAAACCUGCCAAAUUUACAUGUACUGUUAUAGGAAAUCCAUUGCCUGAAAUUUCUUGGUAUAAAAAUGAGCAAGACCUCCAUGUGAGCGAAAAGUAUACUAUGACUAUAUUUGAAACAACGGCAACCUUAGAAAUCACAAACGUCAAAGAAGAAGAUGCUGGAAUGUAUUCUUGUAGGGCAUCUAAUCCAGCUGGAGUUGCAACAUCCACUGUCAACCUUGUAAUAUUCGAAAAAGAAGAGGAAGGCAUAGCACCGCAUUUUUCAACGCCGAUUAAACCGUUAAUGAUUGAAGAGCAUAAACCUGCUUUAUUAGAAUGCGUUGUAACUGGUAUGCCAAUACCUGAAGUGAAAUGGUAUCGUGACGAAAAAGAAGUAAAACCAGACGAAAGAACGGAGUUGAGUUUCAACCCAACUACUGGAGAAGCUAAACUGAAAAUUUUACAACCAAUGUCCGAAGAUGAAACAAUUUACCGUGUUCGUGCUAUAAAUAAAUAUGGCCGCGCUGAAUGCAGAGCUAAUUUAGUGAUCAGUAACAUCGUUAAAGUGAGCAAACCAAUUGUUCUCAGAGCACCGCGAAUUACGCGACCUUUAUCCGCUUUAAUAAUUGAGCGCGGAAAGUCUCUGAAACUUCUAGCUGAUUUUGAUGGCAUACCGAAACCAGAAGUCAAGUGGUUCCGCAAUGGCAUUGAAAUUACACCGACUAACAAACUCAAAAUAGACAUUUAUGAAAGUACAACCGAAUUAAAUAUAAUAGAAGCAACAAACAAAGAUAGCGGCAAGUAUGAGAUAAAAGUUCAGAAUGAAGUCGGUGAAGCGAGAAGCUCGAGUUCUGUUACUGUUAAAGAACGCAAAGACACUAUAGACGAAGUAAAAGCACCAAUGUUUGUGGAACCUAUUCAGCCUCAACUUGUUGCAGAAGGAGAAGUUGUUAUCAUGGAAACACGAGUGGAAUCAUAUCCAGCAGCAUCUUUUCAGUGGUUUCAUGAAAGCAAACCUCUUGAGUCGACAUCACAAGUAAGAAUUGUGACUCAAGAAAAUCGAUCGAUUUUAAUGGUGAAAGAAGUCACAUCAGAAUUUGCUGGUAAUUACACAUGUCGUGCUGAAAAUGUCGGUGGUUCAAUUACUUGUACAGCUACCGUUAAUUUGAUGGAAAUAACAUGGGAAGAAGCAAUUGAAUUAGUCUCACCGACAUUUGUAAAGAGACUAUCACCUGUAAAAGUUAUGGACGGUGAAAGUGUUAAUUUAAUCUGCAUCGUUGAAGGGAAACCAACGCCGAGAGUAGAAUGGUAUCACAAUGACAUGCCAAUUAAAGAAGGAAAAGAAAUUACAAUUAUUCAGGAUAUGGAGGGUGUCUGUAGUUUAGCUAUUACUGAAGUAUUCCCAGAAGAUGCUGGAGAAUAUACCUGUCGUGCUGUGAAUCCUGUUGGCGAAGCUGUUUGCAUGUCAACGCUCAUUGUUGAAGCGUACGAGUAUGUGCCGGAUUCUGAAAUUGCGUCUUCAAUAGUCGCGACAUCUCUUACCACAGGACAGAGUGGAUCAGAAGAAGAUCUUCUAUCUCCGAAAGAAACUCCUAUUUUUGACACUGAUAUAGAAGAAUCUAUACCAGAGAUAAUUAAGAAGCUUCCUCAGUUAGUUCCUACUAAAGAUGGAGAAUUAACUAGAUUGGAAGUAAAGGUGAAAGGCAAACCAAAACCGAAAGGAAAAUGGUAUAAAGAAGGAGUAGAAAUAGUCUCAUCGCAAGAAUUCCAAAUUGAGGAAUUUGAAGAUGGUACAUCAAUAUUAACAAUCGCCGAAACUUUCCCCGAUGACACUGGUGAAAUCAUAUUUGAAGCUUACAAUCCACUCGGUGUAUCAACUACAACUACGUAUUUAUCAGUAGAAGGUAUACUCGGAACAAAAGAGUACAGAAAACCAGAGUGGGUCACACAGAUGGAAGAAAUGCAAGAAGCUUUAAAAGCUACACAAGCUGUUCCACGAUUUAUCCAAGAAAUAACGGAUGUUUAUACAAAAGAGGGAGAUAUCGCUUUAUUUGAAUGUAUCUAUUCUGGUAAUCCCAAACCAGAUGUUGUUUGGUAUAAGAAUGAUAAGCUUAUAAUGAAUACGAAUAAUAUAAAAGUACGUAUAAUUGAUAAAGAAAACAAAACUACUCUAACAAUUAAGAAAACUACUAAAGAAGACGAUGCCACGUAUGUUUGUAAAGCUACUAAUGAAAUUGGUAUGAUAGUAACAAAAGCCAAACUUCAUAUCGAUACUAUUAGUGAAUCACAAUUAAUGCCCAGCGAUAUCAAAGAAGAAGAAAAGCUAGAUACAAAGCUUAAAAAACAAGAAGAAAAACCACAUAGAAAGAAAAAAAUUGAACUAAAGAAGGCGAAGGAGAUCAAGGAGAAAGUAAAAACUGAACGUCUCAAAAUUGAAAAAGAAGAAAUCCGUGAAGAGAAACUUAUUCCGAAGGAACAGAUAGAAGAAAAAAGAACUAUCGAUGUUGAAGAGACUCAACUAUUAGAAACUACAAAGUUUAUAGAAGAUAAAUCCGAAGAGAUUUCUAGAGCACGAAGAAUAGUACCGAUUCAAGAACCAAUUGUAACUGAAGCAAUAGCUUCUUUAAAAAAAAUUGACGAUCAAAAACUACGAGAACAUAUACCUAAAUUUGAAGAACGUGCCAAACAAAUUGUCGAAGAGCAAGAAAGUGUUGUCGUGUCAGAAAUCACGAGUGAAGAUAUUGCUCCUGAUUUCACUAUCGAAACAAAACUUGAUCACGCUCAAGUUACCUCGGAAACUUUACAGAAAGUUGCAGUCUCUGAAGCACAUGUAGAAAGUAGUUUGCAAGAAAUGAAACGUAUAGAGACAAGACAAAAAAAGAUAAAGAAAAUAAAAGCUGAAAAAAUUAAAGAAGAUAUUACUGUAAAAGAGAUUGUGGAACAACAAAAAGAAAACAUAGCUCGGGAAGUCGAUGAGAUAAUGGAGGUACUUGAUGCGAUAGAAUUUGGUCCAGGAGAAUCUCCUCUUCGAGAACUUGCGACAAUUGGCUACUUGGUUCGACAAGGUGUCUCCGUAAACGAAAUUAACGAAUGCCUUUACAAGACUGAGAUUUUUCCUGCUCUAAAGACUCCCGAUGCUCAAAAUGCUUUGGUUCAAUUGGUGGAAAGAAAAGGCCACGGUCCUUUAAUCACCCAAGUACUUACCGAGGAGACGACAACUGACGAAAGUUUCGUUGCAGCGACAGUCGGUUUUCGUGCUUUUAUGAGAAUGGUUGAGCUUCAGCAUGCAACUGUGGAAGAAGUCAUUAUACACUUUGCUCCAGAAGAUUUCAAACCACGUGCUUGGGAAGUUACAGAAAUUUCCGAGAUUGAUACUGAGCAACAUGCUACGGAAAGAGUAGAUAUCGUUCGCAAAAUGGAAGUUCAUUUUAUGGAGAGGAAGGACGAAAGGAAAGCUACUCACAUACAGGAUAUUCGAGAAAUUAAAGAAUACGAGGACACACGGCAGGCACACACAACAUUGCGCAAACGCAAAGAUAAAAAACCAAGGGAUCAAAUUGAAGAAACAACACAAGAUAGGGAAGAGGGGGUUCAAUCUAUAAAAAUCGAGGAAGUCGAGGAGAUUGAUAAAGAAAGAAAAAAGGAAGAAAUCGAAGAAGAGAUUAUUGAACUUGAACGGGAUUCAAAGGGCAGAUUGAUUCGUAAACAAAAACAAAAAGAGAUGGAAAAACAAAUAGACACAGAAGAGGAAGAAGAAACUAUUAAAAAAAUUAGAAAGACAUUGAUACCAAAAAGAUCAAACAUUGGUAGAGAUGAGAUACAACUGGAAGAGAUAGAAGAAUUUGAAAUAACAAAAGAUCAAUUACUGCCGUCUAUGGUUUUAAAUGUAUCUAGUCAACGAAAUCAAGUGAUACCAUUAGAUCAUACAAUCGAACAAGCACCUGGCAAACCCGAAUCAGAGAAAGCUAAAUACACAUUAGACACUGUUAUCGCGCUAACAGAACAAAUGACAUCAGUACACGAAAAAGAAAUUGAUCAAGUGGCAAGUACCAAACCUAUCGAACGUAAAGCGUCAAUAUCAAUCUCAUCGAUAGAACCAUAUUCUACCAUGGAAACUACUGCACAUAUAUCUACUGAUGAAUUUUCUGGAUCUUUCAAAGCUACUUCUUAUGAAGCUACACCUUCGGUAAUAACGAAAGAAAGUCUUCUCAUUAGCGAAACACUGACUCACGAUGAAAGUGUGUCAAAUCUAACUUUGACUACACCAGAAACAAGUCGAAAAGCGGAUGUUCAAGUUACUGUACAAGAAGCUACAACUAUUAGAGAGACCAUAGUUAAUCAAAGCGAAAUACCGACCGAAGAUUUUAUAACACCUUUAAGCGUUAAAGCAGAAGAUAUUGUCUUACCACAAAUAUCACUUUCGGUUUAUGAAAUACAAGAAGGUUUGGUUGAAAAUAAAUUGGAACCUACGAAAACGGUACUUACAAAACCUCGAGUUAACAUCAAUGCAAUAGAACCGUUGAUGGUAGAAGAAAUUUAUUCUGAGGAUAAACCAGGAAAAUAUUAUCCGGAGUUAAUAGUACCUACUGAAGUCGCUACCAAAUCGAUAAUUUCGCAACGACAACGCGUUACCGAAGAGAUGAAUGCACCCGAAAAAGAAGGAGCAUACAUUCCAAGUAGAUUACCACCGAGUCAAACGGCUCAAAUUGAAAUUUCCUAUGGAAAUGAAACGGCUGUUAUUCGUCAUGAUCUCAUACAGGAGUGUGAAGGCGAAUAUAUUCCCGAGCGAAAAGUAGAUUCUUUCGAAGUUACUCCAAAUAUCACUCUUUUGGAAGGAGUCACGAUAUCAAUGAUCGAUACUCAACAAAAAGAAGAUGAUUUGACAAUCGAAGAGAGUAAACAAAUCACAGCUGACUUGAAUGUUGUUGAAAUUAUGUCAGCUGUGACGGUGGAAACGAUGACAUCUGAAAAAGAACAAGAUUAUCAUCCUAAAGAAAAACCUACUACUAAACUAGCCGUUACAUCGAUUUCCCCAUUGGAGAUUGGUUCUAUAACAGACACAAUUGUUCAAGAAUCUGAAGGAACUUAUAAUGUCGAUGAGAAACCGUUUGAAGUAUUAGCGGAAACGUCAGUCAGACCGGAGGAACAUAUAUUAAUAUCUCAAGUUCAAACCGCAGACUAUCCCGCAGACUUGAAAGAUAUACUCAAGUAUGUCACAGAGAGCGGUGUUGUAUCCAUUCAAUUAACCGAAGCGAAAACUGUCCUUGAAACGCUCAUUCAUGAUCGAGAGACUAGCAUGAAGGAAGAUACUAAACCAGAAAUUCAUACGAUCGAGACGAUCUACGAUGCUAUCAGAGGUAUUGAAAUAUCACAAACAACUUUUGGAGAAAAAGAAGCCGAAUUGAAAAUUUUUGAAAUGCCUGAAUCACAUCGCGGAAAAACGGUACCUACUCAUCCAAUGAUCUCGCUUGAAGUUCAGGAAACCCAACCUGAAAAUAAUUUAGGUAAAGUCAUGAAAGAAGCCGUAUCAACUGCUACAGCUCAAAUUGAAACAGUCAGUCUACAAGAAACAAUUGUUGAUGAGACUAUUGUAGCAGAAGAUAUAGCUCCGACAAGGAAAGAUAAGAUUCCUGAAACAAUGACCGCCAUUAUUUCAAUGAAUCAGAUUGAGAGCUUGCAUACUACAAUGAUUGUAGCGGAUGAAAAAGAAACGGAAUAUUUUGAUAUAACCGAUGUUAAAAGUGCAUUUGCAAAUACUGAAUAUAUGACGCAAGUAGCUCCUAUAUAUGAACAAAUAAGAAUAGAAUCGCCGACCGAAGAGUAUCUAGCGGUAGAUAAACCUGUGAGUGGAAAAGCAUAUCUAUCUCAUGUUCCUAUAGAAACUAUUAGUAUCGUUAUACAAGAAACCGCAGAAAAGGAAGAUGUUUAUAAAACAGACAUAAAACCCGAGGAAAAGAUGGCAAACAUUAACCUCGCAGACAUGAGACCUGGCGCCAGCGUUUUAGAAAUAAUUCCACAUGAUUUCGAGAAUAUUUACACGCCAGAUACUGAACCACAGACUCAUACGGUUGAGUCAUCCAUAACUGGUCACACCAUCGCAUCAAAGACAGAGAUUUUAGUGGAACAAAGUGCUGAAAAAAUAAGCAGUGAUCUACCAAAAUUAGGUAAAGCAAUAGUACAACAAGAAGCUCUGGAAGAAUUGAUAGUAACAGAAACAAAUGUCGGCGAAGCAGAACGAACCAGGGAUGAGGAUGCGAGUCCUGUUAAACAAAAUGCUGCACUUCAAGUAUGCGCUCAGUCUGAAAAUUUGAUCAUCACUGAAGUAACUACCGUAUUGAAGGAGGAAGAAUUAUUAAUGAAAAAGUUACCAGAUAAACAAAAGGUUGUAUUAGACAUAACCGAGAGCCAUGAAAUAGCUGAAACACAGGAGAUGAUUCUUGCGAGCAAUAUAAGUGCAUUGAAAGAAGAAAAACCACAUCAAGAAAGUGUCACUCAAUUGCAGAGCGGAUUAGAUGUUGUACAACAAAUGGAAAUAUCAGUAUCUGAGAAAGAAUCUCUUUUAGAAACGGAUGUAAAACCUGAUAUUAAAAAGGUUGAUAUUACUUUUCAAGAAGGAGAAAGUCUGACAAUUGAAAUUACGCAUCCUGAAGACAAAGAAGAUAUACUUGGUGAAAAACAGACACCAAAAACAGCCGAAGCUAUAAUAGACGUAGUAACACAAAAUAUAGCCUCGACAUUUGAGAUUAUUAGUGGUAUCGUUCCAACUGAAUUAUCUACCAAACCUAUCCAAGAUGCACGUCCUAAAGCGACAUUAUUACCAUUUGAAAUAGCUGUUGCUGAAGAAGUGCAAACAAGAGAAACUGAAAAACCUUUUCCUUAUAUGUUGGUACCAGAGAAAAAAGCUAAUUUUGAAUUUGUAAUGGGUGAAGUUCUUGUUGUUUCUUCUGUAACAACUGGUGACAAAGAAAGCAUGCUUGCAGAAAUGGAAAAACCACAAUCAAAAUCUGCUACUUUCGAUAUUCCUACUUAUACUGUGGCAGAAGCUGCUGAAAUAACUGCAACUGACAACAUUAGCGAAUUAAUACGCGAAGAAACGAUCUCCGCAAUGGCUAUGACCGAGCAUAUAACUCAUCAUAGUAUUAUUACAUCCGAAAUGUCAACCGGUGACUCAGAACAACGUAUGCUUGAUUUCGUCAAACCAGAUAAAAAAAGAGUAGGUAUAUCGUUUGAAGAAGAAACAAGCAUAACAGUGACUGAAACAAUUGCGUCUGAUAAGGAACGAGAAUAUUUGAAGAAACCGGAUAUUCCAGGUGAAAAAAUUAAUACCAGCUUUGACGCUCAUAAAAUCGCCGAACUUACUGAGGUUACACCAGCCAUUUAUCCAGGAGACCUUAAUGUAAAAACACCAGAGACAGCAGCAGCAAAAAAGGAACAUUUGCCGUUUGAGAGUAUCGUUCAAAGCGAAACUAUUGCAACAGAAACAGAAAUAGAAUUUCAAGAUAAACAAACCAAAACCGACACUGCUCAAAUAUCCAUUGCCGAGAUUAUCAGUGCUACUAUAUCUACUGAGAUUUUAGGCGAAAAGGAAGAUAUUCUUCAAAUUCCCAAAAAACCUAUAGAGAAAAAAGCCGAGAUUCAAUUUGCCGGACAUAUUAUUGCUGAGAAGAACGAAAUCACUCCAAAUUCUAGCACUGGAGAAUUGAUGGAGACAAAACCGAUUUCUAUUUCAGCCACAUUCUCGAAUAUUCCGUUAGAGGCAAUAGUAGCAAUGGAAACUCAGCCAACGGAAAUGGAGACUAUACUCAAGAAAGAUAAAAUACCAUCGAUGGUUCAAGCUGAUCUUUCCAUGAUGAUGGAACAAAGUGUAGAGAUAUCUUCGAUAAUUUUAGAGGAUAAAGAAACAGAAUAUAAGCCGAAGGAAAUACCAAAAACAAGAACAGCAGAGAAAGCUCUAAUCGAAACUCAUGGCGUCGCCGAAACAACAAUACAAAUCGCUAAUUUUAGCACUGGUGAAAUUGCUACUGGCGAAACACCACUGAUUGCCGUCGCAGUUCCAGAUCAUAUAAUGUUUAAUCCACUAGUAGAAUCACAGCUUGUUAUUCAAGAAGGAGAAGAGCAAUUUACGCCAGCAUUAAUGCCGGAAAAUAAAAUAGUAAACAUCGAUAUGGAAGAAAGUAAAGUCAUCGCAAGUAUAAAACAUAUAACACCAGCAGAUAAAGAAUCGACAUAUAUCGUUGAGGAACCGCGUCAAUACGCUGCUUCAUUCGAUAUUGAUGCUACUCACAGUAUAGCAGAAACGACCGCGGUAGCUAUUGAACAUUCUGUAGGAAAAGUAACCAUCAAAAAGCCAGACGUUAAAACCGUAUCACCUACACAUGAAGUACAUCAAAGCCUUUUAGUAACUGAAGACAUGAUUCAAGAUCAAGAGAAACCCUUCAAAGGCAAAUUCACACCAGAAAUGCACAAAAUAGAAUUAGCUGUCGAAGAAGGUAAGCACGUUACCUCUGUUACGGAAAUUAAAAUAGCUGACAAAGAAGCUCCCCUUGAAACAUUACAGGAAGAUAAAUCUCAUUUGGCACUCUCGGUUAUUGUUCCUGGUCACGAAGUCGCCGAGAGAUCUGAAAUAAUUACCAGUUCAAGUAUAGGUAAAAUGAACGAAGUUACAGUACCAACAAAAGUAACCGCGCUAAUUGGUCAAAAACCAUUUGAGACAGUACAAUUCUCCGAACAAACUUUAGUGGAGAAAGAAAUAGAUAGGAUUCAGGAGACGCCAUUAAUAAAAACAAAAGCGCAUGUUAUUUUAGAUGAAAAUAGAUUCGUUGCCAUUACAGAAUCUACUAAUGCUCAAGACAAUGAAGAGGAAUUUGCUACAAAGAAACUUCGCCUUGAAGCGGCAAAUCUUUUAAUGGAAGGUAAAGAAGUAGCUGAACGAACGGAAAUUAAUUUACGCGAAGAACUCGGAGAAUUACCUUCAGCAAUGAAACCGAUUGUAUGCGAAGCACAUAAAACACAAUCUACUUUGGAAGGUAUUGACGUCAGCGAAAUGGUUCCUCAAGAGCAAGGUGCAAUAUUCACUGAUAAAUUCAAACCCGAUAAGCGUAGCGCCGAGAUUAGCUUCGUCGAAGGGAAAAGUAUUACCGUAGAUCAUAUCUUAAUACAAGACAAAGAAGAAACGAUGAAUAUUCCGAAAUACGAAGAGAGUAUGGCAAGAAUAAAAUUAGCGAAACUUGGUAUGGAUAUUGCCCAAAAGGCUCAAAUAUUUAUCGAGCAAAAUACUGAACCGAUUAAAUCUUUCGAAAAAAUACAAGCCGAAGCUCACAUAAAACAAGACACAUUUCAACCUAUCAUAGUUCAUGAAGUUCCAAGUGCGGAAAGCGAACGUACUUUCGAUAAGUAUCCGAAGAUAAUAUUCAGUACAGCUAUGCCAACAUUCGAAGAAGGUCAUGGUGUAUUUAUUACGGAGAUAACAUCUGCCGAAGUCGAAGCAUCAUUGGAAGAGAAGAGACAUGAAAUAUCGCGAACAGCUGUCGAUACUAUUGUUACUGAGCACGAUAUACUAGAGACUAUAAUGGUAGAAUCGCGAGUAGACGUAUCUGAACAACCUUCAGAUUAUAUUUCAACACCUCAAAUUGCCACAUCAGCUCGAGACACGUUUGAAAGCAUUAUUGUUAACGAGAAUAUUGUUGAAGAAAGUGAGAAGACUUUCGAUGAUCUUUUUAAACCUGCGACACAAAAAGCGAAUAUUGAUAUAACGGAGUUAAAACCAUUACAAAUUUCAGAAACAAUUAUCGAAGACAAAGAAGGGAUGUUGAAUAUUGUUUCAAAGCAAACUGAAGUCAAAGCUACAUCAGAUAUCGAUUUAUUCCAAACUGUUGAAGGUUCUUUCGUAGAAAGUAUACAAAAUACUCGAGAACUUCAAGAAGAAAAACCACUUUCCUCUCAAGCAACUAUAAUUCAGACCACGGUGGAAUCAAUAGUAAAGUCAGAAACAACACCAGCCGAAAGAGAAGACAUCUUUGAGUGCAAAUUGCAACCCGAAGGGCAGAAAGGCAAACCACAAUUCGAAAGUCUUACAACGGUUGUAAUUACUGAGACAGCUUCUAAUGAAAUCGAAGAUAUCUUACCUGAAGCCAUUACACCAAAACAACAUCAGGCACAAUUAAAGUUAACAGGCAGAGAAACUGCAGAAAUCCUUCAAAUAGUAACAGCGAAUACAACCGAAGAUUUUGCAAAAUCUACUAAAUUAUAUGAACAAAGAGGUAAACCAGGACUCGAAGAAUUGUCAUCCUUAACUGUUUCCGAAAUUAUUUCCAAUGAAGUUGAAAAUCUUCUAGCUAGUAAAGUUAUUCCAAAAGAUAGCAAGGCUGAUUUCAAUAUUUCUGGUAGAGAAAUCGCUGAAACAAUUGAAAUAACAACAUUAUCUGAGACCAAUGAACUUGCUAUAGGAGGACCUGAGGAACAGAAAGGCAAUCAACAAAUUAAUGAAUUAAUUCCAUUGACUAUUUCACAAGUAAUUUCUAAUGAGGCCGAAGAAACAUUAGUUAGUGCUGAACUUCCUACGGGAAAAACAGCACAAUCAAAUUUGUUUGGUAGAGAUAUCGCGGAAACAACACUAGUUUUAACAAUGACUAAUGCCGAAGAACUCAUUCCUAAAAAAGAAACCGGAAAACAGAAAGGUAAACCUAGUCUCGAAGAAUUCAUACCAUUAAUAGUUUCACAAACAGAAUCUCAAGAAACUGAAAAUAUUCUUGAUAGCCUCAACAUACCAACUGAAAGAACGGCGCAAACAAGUUUAUAUGGUAGAGACAUAGCAGAAACUACAGAAAUAACGACUGCAUUAAGUUUAAAUAAAUUUGUAGAACUUGAAAAGCCCGAGAUACAAAAGGGAAAACCAAAUCUCGAAGAAUUAUUAUCCUUAAGUAUAACACAAACUAUAUCCAGUGAAGCGGAAGCUCUAUUGCCUAGUUCGGAAAUGCCUACGGAAAAAAUGGCGCAAACUAAUUUAUCUGGUAGAGAUGUAGCUGAAACUAGUCAAGUUUUAACGAUGAUGAGUGCAGAAGAACUUUCAAAUCAGAUAUCACCUGACGAACGUAAAGGGAAAGUACAAGUAGAAGAAUUAUCGUCCUUAACUAUAUCUCAAAUAUUAUCUCAUGAAACCGAAGAAACUUUCGAGAGUUCCAUUGCACCUAAUAGAUUCACUGCGGUGCCUACGAUGUCUGGUAGAGAAAUUGCCGAGAUUUCUCAGAUGCUUAUUGUCACAAAUGCUGAAGAACUUCCAAAACCUGAAAGUCCAACAAAACAAAAAGGUAAACCACAAUUAGACGAAUUUUCCUCACUUUUAGUUUCUCAAGUAAUAUCUACAGAGACAGAAGCACAACUGCCAAGUCUAAAAAAAUUAGAGGAGAAAACAGCCAUACCAUGUUUCUUAGGUAGAGAAAUAGCUCAGAAAAGCGAAAUUAUAACUGCUGCAACUGUAGAACAAAUACCCGAAUUGAAGGAAAAAAAUGAUCAAAAAGGAAAGCUAAGCAUUGAACAAAUGAGUUCUGUUACUGUGUCUGAGGUAAUUUCUACGGACAUAGAACAAGAAUUACCGACAUCAGAGAUUCCAAAACAGCAAAAAGCUCUCCCAAAAUUAUUCAGCAUAGAAGUCGCGGAGAUGUCAGAAAUUUUGACAGUGAGUAACGCUGAAGAGCUUGCAAGAUCACAAAUUCCCGAAGAACAGACAGGUAAACCAAACUUAGAAGAACUAAUUCCAUUGUCGAUCUUUGAAGUAUCUUAUAAUGAAACAGAAAAAGAAUUACUUACACCACACGAACCGACUAAACAAAUAGCCGAAAAAACUAUGCUAGGCAUGCGAGUUGCCGAGAAGUCACAAGUAUUUACAUCGUUGACAACGGAGGAGAUGACAGAGUCAGUUAAACCUCUGAUAAAAAAAUUAACACCAGAACAAAUACCCUUUGAGAGUAUACAACAAAUUGAGUCAAUUAUUCAUGAAAACGAAAGUUCAUUUCUUCCUGAUAAAAAGACACCAAGUACCACAGCCGAAGUUUCAUUCGACGUUUCUGAAGGUGUCGAAAUUAUUCAAGUAAUCGCAACAGAGAAGGAAACAAAGGAAGUUGUCAAAAGCCUGGAAGAAGCAGCUAAACAGACAGCUGAGCAAAAAAUGCAAAGUAUUCAUGUUGCAGAAAAAUCUCAAAUAGUUACAUCGUCAACAACAGGAGAGAUGAUGGCAUUUAUUAAGCCAGAGAUAAAGAAAAUAAUACCCGAACAAAUACCAUAUGUAAGCAUACAGCAAAUUGAAUCAAUUCCUCACGAAAGCGAGCAUUUGCUUCUUCCUGACAAGAAAACAUCAAGUAAAAAAGCCGAUAUUUUAUUCCGCGUUUCCGAAGGCGUCGAAGUUUUUCAAGUAACAGCUACGGAGAAAGAAGCAAAAGAAAUAAUAAAAAGUUUGGAAGAAGCAAGUCAACAAACAGCCGAACAGAAAAUGUUGACUAUGGGCGUUGCAGAACAAUCACAAGUAAUUGCAUCGUCAACAACAAAGAAUAUGAUUGAGUCCGUUAAGCCAGAAAUAAAGAAAAUAAUACCAGAACAAAUACCGUUUGAGAGUAUACAACAAACUGAAUCGAUUUCUCACGAAAGAGAAAGUUCGAUUGUUUCGGAAAAAGAUAUAGCCAUUGCAAUGGCCGAUAUUACAUUCCGCGUUUCUGAAGGUGUCGAAGUUAUUCAAGUAACCGCUACGGAAAAAGAAACGAAAAACAUCAUAGAAAGUUUGGAAAAAGCAACGAAACAGAUAGCUGAACAAAUCAUACCAACUAUGCGUGUUGCAGAACAAUCUCAAACUAUUACUUCAUCAACAACAAAAGAGAUGGUAGAAUCUACAAAACCUGAGACAAAGAGAAUAAUACCGGAACAAAUACCGUUUGAAAGUAUACAACUGAUUGAAUCAAUUCCUCAUGAAAGUGAACGUUCACUUCUCCUGGAUAAGAAAGUACCAACUACAAUGGCUGAUGUUUCGUUCCGCGUUUCCGAAGGAGUCGAAGUUAUUCAAAUAACAGCUACUGAAAAAGAAAUAAAAGAAAUAGUAAAAAAAGAAGAAGAAGCAAUUAAACAGACAGCAGAGCAAAAUAUAUUGGGCAUACGCGUUGCAGAACAGUCUCAAGUAAUUGCAUCGUCAACAACGAAAGAAAUUAUAGAAUUUGGUAAACCUGAAAUAAAGACAAUAAUACCGGAACAAAUACCGUUUGAAAGCAUACAGCAGAUCGAGUCAAUCCCUAAUGAAAGCGAGUAUACGCUUCUCCCUGAUAAGAAGAUACCAAGUACAAAGGCCGAUGUUUCAUUCCGUGUUUCCGAAGGCAUUGAAGUUAUUCAAGUAACUGCUACGGAGGAGGAAACAAAGGAAGUUGUAAAAAGUGUGAAAGAAGUAACUAAACAAGUAGCGGAGCAAGGUAUAUUAAGCAUGUCUGUUGCUGAAAAAACUCAAAUAGUUGCAUCAUCGACAACGGAGGAAAUUAAAGAAUCUUCAAAGCCUGAUGUAAAGAAAAUUAUUCCAGAACAAAUACCAUUCGAGAGUAUAUUACAAACCGAAUCAAUUCUUCAUGAAAGAGAAAGUUUACUUCUCCCCGAUAAAAAAACGCCAAGUACAAAGGCCGAUGUUUCAUUCUGCAUUUCUGAAGGCGUCAAAGUUAUCCAAGUAACCGCUACGGAGGAGGAAACAAAGGAGAUUGCUAAAAGUGUAGAGGAAACAACUAAACAAGUAGCCGAACAGAGCAUGUUAAGCAUGCCUGUUGCUGAAAAAACUCAAGUAGAAGCGUCAUCGACAAUACAGGAAAUUAUAGAAUCUUCUAAACCUGAGGAAAAGAAAGUCAUUCCAGAACAAAUACCAUUCGAGAGCAUACAACAGAUUGAAGCAAUUCCUCAUGAAAGGGAACGUUUGCUUCUUCCCGAUGAGAAGACACCAAGUACAAUAGCCGAUGUUUCAUUUCGAGUUUCUGAAGGAGUCGAAGUUAUCCAAGUAACCACUACGGAAAAGGAAACUAAAGAAAUCAUAAAAGGCUUGGAAGAAACAACUAAACAAAUAGCCGAGCAGAGCAUGCUGAGUAUGCCCGUUGCUCAAAAAUCUCAAAUGAUUGCAUCAUCAACAACAGAAGAGAUGAUGGAAUCUAUUAAGCCUGAAACGAAAAGAAUAAUUCCGGAACAGAUACCAUUUGAAAGUAUACAACAAAUUGAAUCAAUUCCUCAUGAAAGCGAACGCUCGCUUCUUCCGGAUAAAGAAACAUCAAUCGCAACGGCUGAUAUUACAUUCCGCGUUUCCGAAGGCAUCAAAGUUAUACAAAUAACCGCUACAGAAAAGGAAAUAAAAGAAGUUGUAAAAGAAGAAACAACUAAACAAAUAGCUGAUCAGAGUAUGUUAGGUAUGCUUGUUGUAGAACAAUCUCAAGUAAUUACAUCAUCAACAACAGAAGAGAUAAUAGAGCCUAUUAAGCCAGAAAUAAAGAAGAUAAUACCCGAACAAAUACCAUUUGAAAGUAUACAACAAAUCGAAUCAAUUCCUCAUGAAAGAGAAAGUUUGCUUCUCCCCGAUAAGAAAACACCAAGUACAAAGGCAGAUGUUUCAUUCCGUGUUUCUGAAGGAGUCGAAGUUAUCCAAGUAACAUCCACGGAGAAGGAAAUAAAAGAAGUUGCAAAAAGUGUAGAAGAAGCAACUAAACAAGUAAUCGAGCAGAGUUUGUUAAGUAUGUCCGUUGCUGAAAAAACUCAAGUGGUUCCAUCAUCAACAACGGAAGAAAUUAGAGAAUCUUCAAAGCCUGAAGUAAAGAAAAUUAUUCCAGAACAAAUACCGUUCGAAAGUAUACAACAAACCGAAUCAAUUCUUCAUGAAAGAGAAAGUUUGCUUCUCCCCGAUAAGAAAACGCCAAGUAUGAAAGCUGAUGUUUCGUUCCGUAUUUCCGAAGGUGUUGAAGUUAUUCAAGUAACAGCUGCAGAGGAAGAAACAAAGGAAGACGUAAAAAGUGUGGAAGAAGCAAACAAACAAGUAGCCGAUCAAAGCAUGUCAAGUAUUUCUGUUGCUGAAAAAAUUGAAGUUUUUACAUCAUCAACAACAGAGGAAAUUAAAGAAUCUUCCAAGCCCGAAGUAAAGAAAAUUAUUCCAAAACAAAUACCGUUCGAGAGUAUACUACAAACCGAAUCAAUUCUUCAUGAAAGAGAAAGUUUGCUUCUUCCCGAUAAGAAAAUACCAAGUACAAAGGCCGAUAUUUCAUUCCGUGUUUCUGAAAGCGUCAAAGUUAUCCAAGUAACCGCUACGGAAGAGGAAACGAAGGAUGUUGCUAAAAGUGUAGAAGAAGCAACUAAACAAGUAGCCGAACAGAGCAUGUUAAGUAUGCCCGUUGCUCAAAAAUCUCAAGUAAUUACAUCAUCAGAAACAAAGGAAAUUAUAGUGUCUGCCAAGCCUGAGGAAAAAAAAAUCAUUCCAGAACAAAUACCGUUCGAGAGUGUACAACAAACCGAAUCAAUUCUUCAUGAAAAAGAAUGUUUGCUCCUCCCUGAAAAGAAAAUACCAAGUACAAAGGCCGAUGUUUCGUUCUGCAUUUCUGAAGGCGUCAAAGUUAUCCAAGUAACCACUACGGAGGAGGAAACGAAGGAUAUUGCUAAAAGUGUAGAGGAAGCAACUAAACAAGUAGCCGAACAGAGCAUGUUAAGCAUGCCUGUUGCUGAAAAAACUCAAGUAGAAGCGUCAUCGACAAUGCAGGAAAUUAUAGAAUCUUCUAAACCUGAGGAAAAGAAAGUCAUUCCAGAACAAUUACCAUUCGAGAGUAUAUUACAAACCGAAUCAAUUCCUCAUGAAAGAGAAAGUUUGCUUCUCCCCGAUAAGAAAACGCCAAGUUCAAAGGCCGAUGUUUCAUUCCGCGUUUCUGAAGGCGUCAAAGUUAUCCAAGUAACCGCUACGGAGAAGGAAAUAAAGGAUGUUGUAAAAAGUAUAGAAGAAGCAACUAAACAAGUAGCCGAACAAAGCAUGCUAAGUAUGCCCGUUGCUCAAAAAUCUCAAGUAAUUACGUCAUCAGAAACAGAGGAAAUUAUAGUAUCUGCCAAGCCUGAGGAAAAGAAAAUCAUUCCAGAACAAAUACCAUUUGAGGGCAUACAACAAAUUGAACCAAUUUCUCAUGAAAGCGAACGUUUACUUGUUCCUGAUAAAGAAAUGACAAGCGCAACAGCUGAUGUGUCAUUCCGCAUUUCCGAAGGAGUCGAAAUUAUCCAAGUAAUCGCUACAGAGAAAGAAAUAAAAGAAGACGUAAAAAAUUCGGAAGAAGUAACUAAACAAAUAGCCGAUCAAAGCAUGUUAAGCAUGGCAGUUGCUGAAAAAUCUCAUGUGAUUGCGUCAUCAUCAACGAAGGAAAUGAUGGAAUUUGUUAAACCUGAUGUAAAGAAAAUAAUAGCAAAACAAAUACCAUUUGAGAGUGUACAACAAAUAGAAACGAUUCCUCAUGAAAGCGAACGUUCUAUUAUCGUUGAAAAAGUGAUAGCAAGUGCUUCAGCCGAAGUUUCGUUUCGCAUUUCGGAAGGUGUUGAAGUUACCCAAAUAACUCCUACAGAGAAAGAAACAAAAGAAGUCGUCAAAGGUCUUGCUAAGGAAAAAAUCGCGCAAGCAGAUAUAAUUGAACGAAAAGUUGCUCUAAAAACUGAAAUUCAUCCGGAAAAUGUAGUAUCGGAAUUCAGUGUUUCAAAACCAGACAGUAAAACAGCUCAUGAUGUCAAAGAUGAAAAACAAUGUAUAAUUGUUACUGAAUUGCAACACAUUACUGAAAUUGAAUCCAAUCUGUCCGAACCCGUAAUUCCAAUAGUACCAAAAAUAGCAAGCACAUCUUUUGAAGCCGACUACUUAGAAAAAAUUUUAGAAACUACAGAAGCAUCAGAGCAACAACAUCAUAUCACAGUCACACAACACACCACAAUACACGAAACAAAACAACCAACAAAUGAAUCUGAUACUGAAGUAAUUGAAGAAUAUAUCACAAAAUUUAAAACUAAAGAAAAUGAAACGCCAGCGAUUAAAACAAAGAAAACUAUAAUUCGUAAAAAGAAACCAAAAACUAAAUCAGAAGAAGAAAAAAUUAUAGUAAUUGAAGAAGAAAUAGAAGACAUAGAACCACAAAUACCAUCCAUACCAAAAAAACAAUUUAUGCAUAUUGAAGAAGUAACAGGACAAAUAGAAAUAGAAGAAAUAGUACCAACAAAAAUUGAAGAAUUAGAAGAAACCGCUCAAAAUCAAGAAGAAAUAAAAACGGUAAUACAAAACGGAGAAAUAUCAGUUAUAGAAGAAAAACAAUUAUUAAUAAGUGCACCUAUAGAUAAACUAAAAGAAAAAAUCGUUUCUCCUGUAUCACAUUCUAAAUUCGUCAAACUUCCCUUUGAACAGGAGGAAAUAAAGAAACAAGUGACAGUGACUGAAGAGGUAAUCGAAGGAAAGGAACCAAAAAAGAUAAUUAAAAAGAAAAUCAUUAAACGUAAAGGAAAGAAACAGCAGAUAACAGAAGAAACAACAAUAGAGGAAAAAGGACAAAUACCUGUAACAACAAUUACAGAAGGUCCAGUAGAAGAAGUUAUUCAAGAAUCUGUUCUUUCACUGUUAUCUUCUGAAUUCAUAGAACCUCUUGAAAAGGAAGAGAUAAAAGAGGAAGUAACAGUAACUGAAAUAGUAGACGGGAACAAACCCCAGAAAAUAACUAAAAAGAAAAUUAUCAAACAUAAAGGACAGAAACAGCAAGUGAUCGAAGAAAUAAUUACAGAAGAAGAAGGACGAUUACCUGUAACUACAAUUACAGAAGGACCAGUGGAGGAAAUCAUUAAAGAGAUUAUUCUUCCUAAAUCACAUAUAGAAUUCAUCAAGCCCGAAAAUGAAGAAACAAGGGAACAAGUAACAGUAACUGAAGAAGUAAUCGAAGGGAAAAAACCGAAAAAGACCAUUAAAAACAAAAUAAUUAAACGCAGAAAGCAGAAAGAGCAGGUGACGGAAGAAACAACUAUAAAAGAAAAGAGACAACUACCUAUAACUACAAGUACGGAAGGUCCUGUAGAAAAAAUCGUCGAAGAAACCGUACUUCCUCUACUACAACCCAAAUUACCCUUUGAAGAAGAAAUGAGGAAGCAAGUAACAAUAACUGAGGAAAUAAUCAAGGAAGAAAAAUCAAAAAAGAUUUCUAAAAAUAAAAUUGUUGAAGAGCAGAAACAAUGGGUAACAGAAGAGAUAAUAGAUUCAAAGAGACAAUUACCUAUAAUAACAAUUAUUGAAAGUCCGAUAGAAGAAAUUGCUGAAGAAAUUGUAUUCCUUUUGCCACAGGCUGAAUUUGCAACGCUCCUUGACGAGAAGGAAAUAAGAGAGACGGAGCUAAUUAUAGUGACUGGAGAAUUAAUUAAAGGAAAAAAACCGAAAAAAAUCACUAAAAAGAAAGUUAUUAAAGGACAGAAACAAGUGACAGAAGAGACAACAAUAGAGGAAAAGGAACAACUACCUGUAACAACAAUUACAGAAGGUAUGGUAAAAGAAAUCACAGAAAUCAUACUUCCUCCACUACAACCUGAAUUCGCUAAGCCUCUUGAAGAGGAAGAAAACAAGGAGCAAAUAACAAUAACUGAACAAGUAAUCGAAGAAAAGAAACCGAAAAGAAUCACUAAAAACAAAAUAAUUAAACAUAAAGGACAUAAGGAGCAGAUGACGAGAGAAACUACAGAGGAACAGCAACAACUACCUGUAAAAAUAGUUACGGAAGGUACAGUAGAAAAAAUUGUACUUUCUUCUCCUCAACCUGAAUUCGCCAAACCCCUUGAAGAAGAGAAAAUACAGAAGCAAAUAAUUGAAGAAGCAAUCGAAGGAAAGAAGCCGAAAAAAAUCACUAAAAAGAAAAUUAUUAAACGCAAAGAACAAAAACAACAGAGAACGGAAGAAACUAUACAGGAACAGGAACAACUACUUGUAACAGUCAUGGAAAGUCUGGCGGACGAAAUCGUUGAAGAAACUAUACUUCCUCUACCACAAUCCGAAUUCGAGAAGCGCAAUGAAGAUGAAGAAAUAAGGAAGCAAGAAACAAUAACUGAAGAAAUAAUUGAGGAUGAAAAACCGAAAAAGAUUACUACGAAGAAAAUUAUUAAACGUAAAGGACAGAAACAGCAAGUUUCAAAAGAGACAACCAUAGAGGAAAAGGAUCAACCAUCAAUAACAACAAUUAUGGAAAGUCCAGUAGAAGAAGUUGUUGAAGAAAUUAUAUUUCCUCUAUUACAAUCCGAAUUCGCUAAGCCCUUUGAAGAAGAAGAUAUAAGGGAACAAGUAAUAGUAACUGAAGAAAUAAUUGAGAGUGAAAAACCGAAAAAGAUUACUACAAAGAAAGUUAUUAAACAGAAAGGACAGAAACAGCAGGUGACACAAAAAACAACGGUAGAAGAACAAGGACAACUACCUAUAACGACAAUUACAGAAGGUCCAUUAGAAGAAAUUGUUAAAGAAACUGAAUAUUCUAUGCCACAAUCCAAAUGCGCCAAGCCCUUUGAAGAAGAAGACAUAAGCGAGCAAGUAACAAUAACUGAGGAAAUAAUUGAGGGUGAAAAACCGAAAAAGAUUACUACGAAGAAAGUCAUUAAACGUAAAGGACAGAAACAGCAAGUGACAAAAGAGACAACCAUAGAGGAAAAGGGUCAACCAUCAGUAACAACAGUUAUGGAAAGUCCAGUAGAAGAAAUUGUUGAAGAAACUGUACUUCCUCUAUUACAAUCCGAAUUCGCUAAGCCCUUUGAAGAAGAAGAUAUAAGAGAGCAAGUAAUAGUAACUGAAGAAAUAAUUGAGGGUGAAAAACCGAAAAAGAUUACUACAAAGACAAUUAUUAAACAGAAAGGACAGAAACAGCAGGUGAUACAAGAAACAACUGUAGAAGAACAAGGACAACUACCUAUAACAACAAUUACAGAAGGUCCAUUAGAAGAAAUCGUUGAGGAAACUGAAUAUUCUAUGCCACAAUCCGAAUUCGCCAAGCUUUUUGAAAAAGAAGACAUAAGGGAGCAAAAAACAAUAACUGAGGAAAUAAUUGAGGGUGAAAAACCGAAAAAGAUUACUACAAAGACAAUUAUUAAACAGAAAGGACAGAAACAGCAGGUGAUACAAGAAACAACUGUAGAAGAACAAGGACAACUACCUAUAACAACAAUUACAGAAGGUCCAUUAGAAGAAAUCGUUGAGGAAACUGAAUAUUCUAUGCCACAAUCCGAAUUCGCCAAACUUUUUGAAAAAGAAGACAUAAGGGAGCAAGAAACAAUAACUGAGGAAAUAAUUGAGGGUGAAAAACCGAAAAAGAUUACUACGAAGAAAGUCAUUAAACGUAAAGGACUGAAACAGCAAGUGACAAAAGAGACAACCAUAGAGGAAAAGGGUCAAUCACCAGUUAUAGAAAGUCCAGUAGAAGAAGUUGUUGAAGAAACUGUACUUCCUCUAUUACAAUCCGAAUUCACUAAGCCCUUUGAAAAAGAAGAUAUAAGGGAGCAAGUAACAGUAACUGAGGAAAUAAUUGAGGAUGAAGAACCGAAAAAGAUUACAAAGAAAGUUAUUAAACAGAAAGAACAGAAACAGCAAGAAACAACUAUAGAGGAACAAGGACAACUACCUAUAAUAACAGUUACAGAAGGUCCAUUAGAAGAAAUCGUUGAGAAAACUGUUCUUCCACUAUCUCAUCCCAAAUUUGUAAAACCUUGUAAAAAGGAAGAAGUAAAGGAGGAAACAAAAGUAACUGAAAUAGACGUCGAAACGAAAAAACCGAAAAAAAUCACUAAAAAGCAAAUUAUUAAAGGACAGAAACAACAAGUAACUGAAGAAAUAACUGUAGAAGAAAAUGAUAAAUCACCCGUAACAUCAAUUACAGUUGGCCCAAUCGAAGAAAUUGUUGAAGAAACUUUAUUAUCUUCACAACCUGAUUUCAUCAAAAUUGAAGAAGAAAAUAUAAAAAGAGAUACAUUAAUUGAAAAGCUAGUAAAAGAAGAAAAACCAAAGAAGAUUAAAAAGAAAAUUAUUAAACAAGGAAGUACCAAAAGAAUAAUUAUAAGUAAUGAGGACAAAGAGGAACAGGGGACAAAAGUUACAAAUCUUCACGCAGACACUACACCUGAAAUACACAUUAAAUACGAUGAAAUGAUAAAAUCUAAAAUCAGUAAAAAGACUUUGGAAGAUACCAGAGAAGAAGGGCUAUAUCAGGAAGAAGAAUCAAUUUACGAAAUGCCUGAAGAAAUUAUAGAAGAAGUUGUAACAAAAGAAAUAGAGAUUCAAAAAGCUCAACUCCUUACACAUAAAGAAGAAUCGGUAGAAAUUACAGAAAUAGAUCUCAAGGAAGCACCAAUAGAAAAAAAGAAAAUAUCUAUCAAAGAAGAGAACGAGAAUAUUGAAAAACCGAUACAGAAAGACAUUAAGACAAAACAAGUACCAAAGAAAAAUGAACGUGUUAAGGUCGAGGAAAUAAAAUCAGAAGAAAUGCCAUCCAAAAAAAUAAUUAAGAAAAAGGAACCCAUGAUAGACACUGCUGACGUUUUUGAGCAAGUAGAAGAAAUCCAAACGGACAUACCAAAGAAAGAAAAGGCUAAAACUAUCGUGGAAGACAAAAAAGAAACUAUUACAGUUACAAAAAUAGAUACACAACAAUCAAUUGUUAAAGUACCUGAGGAGAAAAUUGAUCAGAAACCAAUUGAAGAUACUCAAAUAAUUGUUAAAGAAAAAAUAGUCGAACUUAUCGAAACACCGAUAGAAAAGAAAAUAAAGAGAAAAAAGGGAAAAUCUCAUGAAGAUAAUGUAUUACAAGAAAUUGUUGAAGAAAUUGUUUUAGAUGAACCAGAGAUAGAACAAGCUCAAACUAUAUUCACUCCUAGAGAGAGUAUCGAAGUUGUGCAAAUCUUAACUGAAUCCUCUGUUACUAAAUUCACAGAAGCUGAAGCUGUACCAAGAAAAGCUGCGAUACACGAAAUUAAAAAAGAAAAAAGCCCGAUAAAGACAAUUUUACGGGAAGAAACAAACACGAUUCCUGUGCAGGAACAAAUUACUAUCGAAGUUACUAAAGAAAUACUAGACAAAAAACUAAAAGAAGAAGAAAUAAAAUUGACUGUUAUAACAAAAGAAGGAAUCGAAGUUACUGAGGCAAUUCCGGAUACUUCUAUUGAGGAUCUUCUUGAAACAAUAAAACCAGUGAAAGAAACGAUACUGCCAGUGAAAGAAGAAGAACCACAAGUUGAUAUAAAAGAAGUUACGGUGAAGAAAGCACCGAAAAGAAUUAAACCAGUACAUGUAAGUAAACAACAAGUUAAAGAAGAAAUUAUCGAAGAUAUUAUAUUAAAAAAACCAACACAAGAAAAAGUAGAAGAAAUAAUAAUUGCAAAUGAGGAAAUAGAAACUACGGAAAUUAUUUCCGAAAUCAUAACUAAUGAAAUUGAUAAAAAUAAAACACAAGAAGAGCAAAUUAUGCUAGAAAAGAUAAAUGAUAGUGUAAAAUCAGUUAUAGAAGUGAAGGAAGACCGACCAGAAGAAGCAGUAGAGGACAUAAAAAUGAAAAGGCCCAAAAAGGAAAAGGUUAAAAAGGAUGUACUUUUACAAGAAAGUGUUGAAAUUUCAGAAGUAACAACAGAAGUAGUACCUGAAGAAUUCAUCACGGAAAAAACGUUUGCUGAAGAGGAAGCAGAAUUAAGUGUUACACCAAUAGAAAUUAUUGAAAUUAGUAAAGUUGAUCUAGCUGUAGCAGAUGAAAUAACAAAAAAGAAAAAAGUAAAACCUAGGAAGACUGACAUUAAAAAAGAAAAAGAGAAAGAAUUAGCUCCUAUCGAAAAAGAAGAGAUCACUCCAGAAAAAAAACAGGAAGAAGAAAUAGGAGAAAAAAUAACAUCCAGCCAACCUAAAUUAGAACAAAUAAAAAUAAAGAAAAUUAUACUAGAAACUACAGGAGAAAUAAUUCCCGAAGUUAAAAUGAAAGAUACUUUAAAAGAGAAAAAACCCGAAGAUGAAUUGAAGGAAAUAAAAACAAUACAUUCCGAAAAAAUAAAGGAAUUUGAAAAACCAAAAGAAGAAAUUACUGCAGAAGAAAAACCAAUGGAGCUUAAAUCUAUCGAGAAAAUAAAAGAAAAGAAAGUUAUAAAGAAAAAGAAGAAAAAAAUCGUCAAGAAAGACGAUAUAGAGGAAUGGAUAGAACCUGAGUAUGAAAGACCGGUAUUAGAACCAAUGCCUGAAAAAAUUCAAUGGGAGCCAAUGAAAAAGAAAAAAGAAAAAAAAAUAUUGCCUGAAUCUGUGCAAAAAUUAGUUCCACAGAAAAUUGAAAGAAAAGAAAUCAAACCUACAAAAUUAAAAUAUAUUGAACCAAUGCAAGAAAUAAUCCAAUUUGGCACAAUUAAAUUGAAAAAAGUACCAAUUGUUAAGAAAAAAGAAAUAAUUGAACCAAUUUUUCCUAAAAUCAUGUUACGAAGUAAAGUUACAUUUGUCGAUGACUAUCCGGCACAAUUACAAAUACCAAAAGUUACGUAUAUAGAAAAAAAUCCAAUACAAGCUGGCAUUUUAUCUAGAAAUACAGAAGAAGCAUUACAAGUUAUAAAGAAGAAAUACAAAAAACCUAAAGUCUUAGAGAAAGAUUUGAUUGAAUUAGAGAAAUUAGAUAAGGAGUUUGAAGAACUAAAAAAAGUUCCUUUAGAACAAAUAGAAGACAAAUCUAUUUAUGAACGUACACUCAAGAAGACGCAGAAAACGUUCGAAGAAUCACAAAAGCUUAUUAUUGGAAAAGGUGAAAUAAAACAAGAAGAUAAAAUUAUACCGGAAGAGAUCAAACUAAAGAAAAUACCGAUAAAAAAAUUAGAACAAGAAACAGAAAAUAAAGAAACACCUAAAAUAAAAGAAUCCAUAAAGGAUAUGCCUCUAGAAAAAGAACAACAACCUCAAAAAACAUUCAUAUCUGAUGAAUUCAAACCAAUAAAAUUUGAUAAGCCAGAAAUUGAAAAAUAUGUACCUGAAGAAUUCGAAAUAAACAAAAAAUCAGAAAAUGAACCUGACUCGAAAUCAUAUAAACCAUUUAAGAGAAAAAAACCUGAACAAGAUAUGGAGCAAAUUCCUUUAAUAAAGGGUAUACCAAAGCCACAGGAACAUGAAGAAGAACCCGAGAUCAAUUUUCGAAUACCAACUUCAGAAAAACCCGAAGAUGAACCUGAAACAAUAAUUUUAAAAAGCUGGACAAAAAAUAAACCCGAAGAAGAAAGCAUAGAAGAACAGCCAACUAAGGAAAAAGACAUUAUACCAAUGACGCCCAAAGACAUUAUUGAUGACUUUACAGUAAAACAGAAGAAGAAACAGAAAAAGAUCAAAGAGAAAGAAAUAAAAUUACAGGACAGUAGUGAGGAUACUACGUUAAAAAAUAUUCCUGAAGAAAAGCAAGAGAUACCAACAGAAAAAUUAAUUGUAAAAAGAAAGAAGUUAGAACCGAAAGAAAAGCAAGGUGAAGUAGAUAUCUCUCAAGAAGUGUUAUUAAAAAAACCAAAGCAGUUUACUGAAGACAAAAUAGAAAUAGAAGCUGAAGUAUCAAUUAUAAAACCGACUACCAAGGAGAAGAAAGAAGAUGCCAAAGAAAUCAUUGAAGAAAUUACAGUAAAGAAAAAACCAAAGAAAAAAUCCAUAACCGAUGAUCUUGCUACUGAAAUAAUUGUAAAAGAACUUGGUCUAAAAGAGAAAGAACAAAUGCCGGAAGAAAUCCCUGAAGAAGUAGUACUAAACAAACCAAAAGAAGAAUCUGUCAAGGAAGAAGUCGCUGACAAAGUAACGAUUGAAAAAUUAAUUACUGAAAAAAGAAAAGAAGAAACUGAGGAAGUUACGUUUAAAAAGAAACCAAAGAAAAAACCUGUUAUAGAUGAAUCUGCUGCAGAAAUAACUGUAAAGAAACCCGUUCCAAAGGAGAAAGAGCAAGUACCGGAAGAAAUCUCUAAAAAAGUGGUACUAAAGAAAUCAAAACAAGAAAUUCCCAAAGAAGAAAUCGCAGAUGAAGUGAUGAUUAAGAAACCGGUUGUCGAAGAAAGAAAAGAAGAUGUAAAAGACGUCACUGAAGAAGUUACGUUGAAAAAGAAACCAAAAAAGAAGCCUGUUACAGAGGAAUCUGCUACUGAAAUAACUGUAAAGAAACCCGUUCCAAAAGAGAAAGAGCAAAUGCCAGAAGAAAUCUCUGAAGAAGUAGUGCUAAAGAAAUCAAAACAAGAAAUUCCCAAAGAAGAAAUCGCAGAUGAAGUGACGAUUAAGAAACCGGUUGUCGAAGAAAGAAAAGAAGAUGUAAAAGACGUCACUGAAGAAGUUACAUUGAAAAAGAAACCAAAAAAGAAGCCCGUUACAGAGGAAUCUGCUGCUGAAAUAACUGUAAAUAAACCCGUUCCAAAAGAGAAAGAGCAAAUGCCAGAAGAAAUUUCUGAAAAAGUAGUGCUAAAGAAAUCAAAACAAGAAAUUCCCAAAGAAGAAAUCGCAGAUGAAGUGACGAUUAAGAAACCGGUUGUCGAAGAAAGAAAAGAAGAUGUAAAAGAAAUCACCGAAAAAGUUACGUUAAAAAAGAAACUAAAGAAAAAGCCUGUUACAGAGGAACCGACUGCUGAAAUAACUGUAAAGAAACCCAUUCCAAAAGAGGAAGAGCAAAUGCCAGAAGAAAUCUCUGAAGAAGUAGUGCUAAAGAAAUCAAAACAAGAAAUUCCCAAAGAAGAAAUCGCAGAUGAAAUGAUGAUUAAGAAACCGGUUGUCGAAGAAAGAAAAGAAGAUGUAAAAGAAGUCACUGAAGAAGUUAUGUUGAAAAAGAAACCAAAAAAGAAGCCUGUUACAGAGGAAUCUGCUGCUGAAAUAACUGUAAAGAAACCCGUUCCAAAAGAGGAAGAACAAAUGCCAGAAGAAAUCUCUGAAGAAGUAGUGCUAAAGAAAUCAAAACAAGAAAUUCCCAAAGAAGAAAUCGCAGAUGAAAUGAUGAUUAAGAAACCGAUUGUCGAAGAAAGAAAAGAAGAUGUAAAAGAAGUCACUGAAGAAGUUACGUUGAAAAAGAAACCAAAAAAGAAGCCUGUUACAGAGGAAUCUGCUGCUGAAAUAACUAUAAAGAAACCCGUUCCAAAAGAGGAAGAGCAAAUGCCAGAAGAAAUUUCUGAAAAAGUAGUGCUAAAGAAAUCAAAACAAGAAAUUCCUAAAGAAGAAAUCGCAGAUGAAGUGACGAUUAAGAAACUGGUUGUCGAAGAAAAAAAAGAAGAUGUAAAAGAAGUCACUGAAGAAGUUACGUUGAAAAAGAAACCAAAAAAGAAGCCCGUUACAGAGGAAUCUGCUGCUGAAAUAACUAUAAAGAAACCCGUUCCAAAAGAGAAAGAGCAAAUGUCAGAAGAAAUUUCUGAAAAAGUAGUGCUAAAGAAAUCAAAACAAGAAAUUUCCAAAGAAGAAAUCGCAGAUGAAGUGACGAUUAAGAAACCGGUUGUCGAAGAAAGAAAAGAAGAUGUAAAAGAAGUUACUGAAGAAGUUACGUUGAAAAAGAAACCAAAGAAGAAGCCCGUUACAGAGGAAUUUAUUGCUGAAAUAACUGUAAAGAAACCCGUUCCAAAAGAGGAAGAACAAAUGCCGGAAGAAAUCUCUGAAAAAGUGGUAUUAAAGACAUCAAAACAAGAAAUUCUCAAGGAAGAAAUCGCAGAUGAAGUGACGAUUAAGAAACCGGUUGUCGAAGAAAGAAAAGAAGAUAUAAAAGAAGUCACAAAAGAAGUUACGUUGAAAAAGAAACCUAAGAAAAAGCCCGUUACAGAGGAAUUUGCUGCUGAAAUAACUGUAAAGAAACCCGUUCCAAAAGAAGAAGAGCAAAUACUGGAAGAAAUCUCUGAAAAAGUAAUAUUAAAAAAACCAAAAGAAAAAUCUUUCAAAGAAGAAGUUGUUGACGAAGUGACAAUUAAGAAACCAAUUGUCGAAGAAAGAAAAGAAGAUAUAGUUGAAGAAAUUACUUUAAAACCUAAGUCAAGAAGGAAGAUGUUCGAAACGGAAGAAAUGUCAGAAGUAACUAUUGUGAAACCUGUAAAAGAUAAAAAAGUAGAAGAAAUUGCAGAAAUAUCUGCAGAUAUAUUAUUAAGGGAAAAAGAACCAAUACCAGAAAUUAAAGAUGUAAUUACAGAAGAAUUAACUAUUCGGAAAAUCGAGAUUAUAGAACAACCUGAAGAAGUAAUUGAAGAAUUUACUUUGAAACGCAAACCACCGAAAAAAGCUCCGAAACCAAUUGAAGAAAUUUAUGAAGAUGUUACUUUACGUAAAUUACGAUCAAAGAAAAAGUCUAGACCAGAUAUCAGAGAAGUUACUGAAGUAGAGAAUGUAACAUUUAGACCACGUUAUACAAAAAGAAAAGAGGAUGUAGAACAAGAAUUUAAAAUCUCAUUAAAUACAUAUGAAGAAGAAGAUAUUUCUAUGUCCGGUAAAGUACGUCUAAAACCAAAAAGACGGCCGCUUACAUAUUCUGAAGAGACUGGAGAGGAAACAAUCAAAAUUAUUCAAGAAAUCGAAGAUUUUGGUCCGAUUAUUGAAGAAGUCAUCAAUGAAUCAGAAGAAGAAGGGAAAGAAGAAUACAGCAUCGAAGAGCUUGAUAUCGAUGAAAUGAAUAUUCCGCUAAGACGAAAGAAAAAGAAACAAAAAGCUCCAUAUAUUGUAGAAGAAAUUGAAGAUGAUAUUAAAUUACAAUUGAAUCGUGAUAGAAAAUACUCAUACGAGAAAGCCGAUACCGAAUCUUUGGCGCUGAAGUUGAAAAGCAAGAGACGUAUUUCCACAUUCGAAGAAGUGGAGGAAUUUGAAUAUGUUGUUAGAGAAGGUGAUACAAUGUUUUCAAUUUGUUCUUAUAUUGCUGAAACAGAAGAAGCUAUUAAUUUAGUAGAAGGAGAAAAAAUUUAUAUUAUCGAUCAUACUAAUCAAGAUUGGUGGUUUGUAAAGAAACAUUUGACCGAAGAAAAAGGUUGGGUACCGGCGCAAUAUUUAUUGGAUGAAGCACGUUACACUGUUUACUUGCAACGAAAAUUGCAUGAAAAGAUUGACAAAUUGCCAAUCUUUGAAAAGCCUGCCCCUGGAGAAAAAGCCUCAGCACCAAGAUUUAUUGAAAAAUUACAACCAAUUCAUACAUUAGAUGGUUACACCGUGCAAUUCGAAUGUCAAGUAGAAGGCAUACCAAGACCACAAAUAACUUGGUUCCGCCAGACUGCUAUUAUCAAACCAUCUACUGAUUUUCAAAUAUAUUAUGACGAGGAUAACGUUGCUACCUUGAUAAUCAGAGAAGUCUUUCCCGAAGAUGCCGGCACUUUUACCUGCGUUGCGAAAAAUGCUGCAGGAUUUGCGUCCAGUACUACUGAGCUUAUUGUCGAAGCUCCUUUGUCAGAUCACGGAUCAGAUGUUACUGGUCUCUCGAGAAAAAGUCUUUCGAGAGAAUCAUCUUUAGCCGAUAUAUUAGAGGGUAUACCACCUACAUUUUCACGAAAGCCGAAAGCGAAAUAUGUGAAUGAAGGUGACGAUGUGAUAUUAGAAUGUCGAUUGGUCGCUGUACCAGAACCAGAAAUAACAUGGCAUUACAAAGACGUCCCAGUAAUUAGUCAACAGAACAUUAUUGUUGCAACUGAAAGUGACAUGCAUAUGUACUGCAGUGUCAUAAAUUUCACUAAAAUUCAAAAGAAGCAGGAAGGAAGAUACAAGAUUAUUGCUAAAAACAGAGAGGGCGAGGCUACUAUCGAUAUUCCUGUAAAGGUGAAAACUGGAAAAAACGAACCACCUGAAAUUUUAGAACCGUUACAAUCCUAUAUUGUUAAAGAAGGUGAAACUAUUGUCUUAUCGACUCAAAUAGUCGGUAAUCCAUCACCGAAAAUAACAUGGUACAAAGACGGGAAGCCGUUAAAGGGCUCACAAUUAAAGCAAGACGGACAUGUUAAUACAUUAAACUUGAUCCAACCUCAAUUAGCAGAUAGUGGAGAAUAUUCGGUUAUAGCUAUCAAUGAUAUGGGCAAAGCUGAGACUCGGGCUACAUUAACUGUUGAGAAAGUACCAAGUGGCGCUCCAGAACCACCAUUAUUCACCAAACGUUUCCAAGAGGUAAUCGUUCCGGAAAAAGAUACUUUUAAGUUAGUUGCCAAAGUUAUUGGUAAUCCCGUUCCCGAAGUUACUUGGCUUAGAAACAACAAACCACUUGAUAAAUCGAUCAAUAUCAUAGAAAGUUAUGAUGGUGAGAACAUCCUACUUGAAAUUAAAAAUGCAGACUCUGAAGUCGAUGCUGGAGAUUAUAAAUGUGUCGCUAGUAAUCCAGUCGGAAAAGCUUCUCACGGUGCAAAAGUCACAGUAGAUGUUGCUAAAGUUUUUUUCACGAGGAAUUUGCAAAAUGAAAUCAUAGUCAACGAAUACAAAACUCUAGAAUUAAGCUGUGAAACAUCCCAUACUGUUUCUACGAUAUGGUGGCACAAUGAUAAAGAAAUUAGCGGGAUGGAUCAUCGCGAGAUAAUUCAGGAAGGACGUCUACACAAGUUACUUAUUAAGAAAAGUAGUCUUUCCGAUGCAGGAACAUAUAAAUGUACUGUCAAGAACCAAAUGACGUUUAGCAAUGUUAUCGUUAAGGCUACCAAGCCAGAAUUCGUCAGGAAAUUGCAAGACUUUGAGGUAAAAGAACGCGACGUGGCGAUUUUAGAGGUUGAGAUCACAUCUCAAACAGCCGAUGUCACAUGGCGAAAAGAUGGUGAAUUAUUAACACCAAGCAAAGGAAAACUAGAAUUUAUGAAAGAUGGUACCAUAAGGAAACUUUUCAUCAGGAAUACAUCGGUUCACGACGAAGGCGAAUACACAUGCGCUCUUCUAGAUCAAGAGUGUACAGCGGAAGUUACAGUUGUCGAAUUACCACCGGAGAUUAUUAUCAAAAUGCAAGACAUAACUAUAGCUACAGGGGAGAAAGCAACUUUCGACAUAGAAUUAACAAAAGGUGACGCUCUGGUACGCUGGUUCAAAGACGGACAAGAAUUGCAAUUUUCUGAGCACGUGCGAUUGUCAAUCGAUGGCAAAAGACAAAAAUUGAAAAUUUAUGACACUGAAGUAGAAGAUGCAGGAAUCUAUUCCUGUCAAGUUGGUGGUCAAACUUCGUUAGCCAGACUGACAGUCGAAGAAUCUGAAGUAGAUUUUAUUAAAAAAUUACCAGAUAUUACUUUAGUGCCUCUCAACACUGAUGCAACUUUUCUUAUCGAAUUAUCACGUGCCGAUGUACCGGUAACAUGGUUAAAGAAAAAUGAAAUGAUCGAUUGUGCACAAUCGAAAUAUAAUGUUAUCGACGAAGGAAAUGUUAAAAAGCUCAUUGUUAAAAAAUGCACGACCGAAGAUAUCACUGAAUAUACUGCUACAGUUGCCAAUGUGAAAACAUCAUCGAGAUUAAAAAUCGAAGUUAUUGAAACAUCGCCUAAAAUUCAUCCUGAUACGCUUAAAAAAUAUAAAACGAUGAAAGGCGAUGACAUUGAUAUUGUUGUCAAAUUCGCGGCUAAGCCAAUUCCAAUUGAUGAGUGGAUCGUCAAUGGCCAUAUUCUUAAAAAAUCUAAACGAAUUAUUCCAUCCAUUGAUGAAUGUUCAGCCGUCUUAAUAAUCAGAGAUGUACAAGAGAAAGAUUGUGGUGAUUAUACUCUAAAAUUAACUAAUCCACAUGGAGAGGAUAGUAUAGAAAUCAACGUCAUUGUUGUGCAGGUACCUGGUGCACCAGGAAUUCCGGAACCUCUUGAAAUAACCGAUGACAGCAUUACUCUUCAUUGGAAGAAACCAGAUACAGAUGGACACUCCUCGAUCAUAGAAUACAUUUUAGAAUAUCGAGAAAAAACAGAAACUUUAUGGAGCAGAAUUACGGAGACAAUAAUUGAAACUACAUAUAAAUUAAUCAACUUAAUCACCGACAAGGAAUAUACCUUCCGUGCAACAGCUGUUAACGAAGCUGGACCAGGGGAAGCAUCACUAAAUACACCAUAUCUAAGAAUUUCCAAGUUAUCAGCGUCUGAGCCACCGACUGUUCUUGAAGCACUUAAAAGUAUCGUCAUUGGAUUAGAAGAGACCAUCACACUUUCUUGCGUAAUUGGUGGUAUACCGACACCUCGUAUUACAUGGUUAAAAGAUGGCAAGGCUUUCGAAGAUAGUGAUAUUACAUAUGAAAAUCAUUUAGCUAAAUAUACUAUUCGAAAAACUACUGAAACAUCUUCAGCCACAUUUACGGUUAAAGCUCAAAAUGAUGCAGGAAUGGCAGAAACAUCAUGUCAAUUAAAAAUUCAAGAAUCUCCAAAGAUCACUUGCGACGAAAAUUUAAGAAAGCAGAGACUAACAGUGGGCGAUAAAUGGAAAGCCGAAAUUCAUUUCAGUGGUUUCCCAAAACCGGAAGUAAUAUGGAUGAUAAAUAACAAAACAAUAAUUGAUAAGCGCAUUUCCAUUGAGACUAAGGAAACUAUAUCUAUUAUUAUGAUUUCUUCACUUGUUAGAAAUGAUACAGCUAUCUAUACAGUGAAAGCAUCGAACGAAGCCGGUAGCUCAUCGAUGGAAUGUCAUCUUCGUGUUAUAGAUAAACCAAGCAAACCUCAGGGACCAGUUAUCGCAAAAGAAAUUAGACAAGAUCGCGUCACCAUAGAAUGGCGACCGCCAAUCGAUGAUGGUGGUGUUGAACUGGAAAGAUAUACCAUCGAGAAAUGCGACAUGAAUAAGAAAGUUUGGACAAAAGUAGGUGAUGUUGACAAAGAAGUUGAGAAUUUCUGUGUGCAGAAAUUACAGCAAGAUGUCGACUACCUAUUCAGAAUAGUUGCUAGAAACUCAGUUGGAUCCUCAGAUCCUUUGGAAUCCGAAUCAAUUCGAACAAGAACUUCAUUCGAAACACCGGGCCCACCGAGAGGACCACUCGAAGUUUUUGGAAUGACGAAAACAUCAUUCACAUUAAAAUGGGAACCACCAAAGAAUGAUGGCGGGUCUCCUAUUAUAGAAUACAUUAUUGAAAUGAAGGAGACAUCUAAGAAAACUUGGCAAAAAAUUGCGAGUACAAAGGGGGAAGUUACUAAUGUUACUGUAUCCGAUUUAAAACCGGAUACAUCGUACAAUUUCCGAAUAAUAGCUAAAAAUAACGUUGGUGCUGGUCCUCCGUAUACAGCAGAAGAAGUGAUUACAACCGGUAAACAACCGAAAUUAAUAAAGCUUACAGAAAACAGCAUAUACGCGCUACUAGGCAUAUUUCCAUCAACCAAAACUAUCGCUAUUAAGACACCACCUUCGUGCCCGCUAAACGUCCGAGCAACAAAUGUCACUAGCAAAAGUGUCACUCUUAGUUGGUCACCACCAACUACAACAGGAGGAUCGGAAUUGACAGGUUAUAUAAUCGAGAAGAGACCAUUAAUCGGAAAAGGCGCCAGGUGGUCGAAAGUUGUCACUUUGGAUGCUACAAUACACCAAUAUUGUAUAGAGAACCUAAAAGAAAGCGAAUUCCUCUUUAGAAUUUUUGCUGAAAAUAGUUUAGGUCUUAGCAUACCUACUAAUUCCGAGCCGAUCACACUAAAAACUCAUGCUAAUGUUCCAUCAUCACCUACUGCUCCGUUAGAGAUGAGACAGAUUGCAGCGAAUACAAUGGUAAUCGAAUGGGGUAGACCCGAAUCAGACGGCGGUGCAUCUCUCGAGGGUUAUAAAAUUGCUAUUAGAGACGCGAAGAAAACUAUGUGGAUGGAAGUGGGAAGAGUUAGCGCGGAUAUACAAAAAUUGAACAUUAGAGAUCUGCAAGAGAAUCACGAAUAUCUCGUAAGGAUCUUCGCACGAAAUGAGAUCGGAUUUAGCGAUCAUUUGGAAUCGGAAGAACCUUUUAAGAUCGUACCGACAUCAGAACUGUCGUGCGUGGAACCAAUUGCAGAGGCUAUGGACAAAGGUGAGACCGCAUCUAUCAGCUUUAGCACGGAAAACACAAGUUCAUGGUUGAGAGAACAUAAUAUGGAUGCCGAUAUACAUUCAUACGCGAGAGCAAGAUUACUUAGGAAAGAUGAGUACUUUUUCCGUAUUUGGCACUAUGCUAAAAAGUUGUUUGAAUAAGCAUUUGUUAUACACGUGUAACUUUGAACAUUUCUAUUAUUAUUGUAGAGUGUCGGAUAUAAUUGAUUUUUUCCGCAAUUGCAAUUUUAUUUUUUCAUCGAACACUGUAUUAUGUAUCUACAUUAUAUCAAUGUAUUUAAUUAAUGUGCAUGAGUCUAACUUUUGAAAUAAUGUAUCGGCGAUAGAGGCAUCAAUUGUUCCUUUCUAAAAUCGAUUUGCAUAUAAUGAUUAUACGUAUAUGUCAAAACCAAUAUUACCAAUUUACGUAAGACUGGAUGGUGUUUACCGAUGA